AUGAUGGAGCCCAGCAUGGAGAACUGCCUGGCUCAGGUCCUGCAGAAGGACAUGGGUCGACGGCUGCAGGUGGGACAGGAGAUCAUCGAUUUUAUUUUGGACAAAGACAAGUCUCCCGACCUGGAGCAGGACCAGACGCUGCUGGACAAGAUGGUCGACGGCAUCGCCAGCUCCUGGGUCAACUCCAGCAACUUCAAGGUAAACUCACUCACAGGGGGAUGAUGGGAGGAAGGCGGGGUUUCGCACACUCUCACAGGUCUUCAGGACUCUCCUUUAAACUCCAGUUUUCAUGCAGAAGUACGUCAACGCUCUCUCUGAUUCUCUGUCUCUGUGGCGUUUGGCUGAGCAGCGUGCUCGCAGUCGUGUUGGGUUGACUUUGAGUUCUGGUUAUGUUUGGAGCAUGAAAACACACCAGGUGAGGACCUCCUCUCUGGACCAGGAGUCAGGUAUACUCCAGCAUGUGUCCUCAGGGUCACAUGAAGCCUCCAUCACUCUCUGAUUUUCUGAUCUUGAAGGUCUCAGAUGGAUCUUGUGAGCUCUCCCUGCACAGAUAGAUCUUGUCAGGACUUGAGUCAGAUGGUUUAGAUGGAGAGACGGUGUCCUAGUGUUCGGACUGCACUUCCAUGUCAUUGUACGGACUCAUAAUGGCCUUUUUCUGAGCUUGUUUAAAGGAGAACUUCCACUUUCUGACUGUUCCCAGACCGGCAUCAUUGUCCCCCUUCAGCGCGGAGCCGGCCCCCAUUCUUCCUCUCUGAUUGAUUGUGUGAUAUUUAGAGUUCAAUCUUGGGCACAGUUUUAUCCGACCCUGAAUUGUGAUCCCAUCAGCAGCUCUCUGGGCUCCCGCCGCAGGUCUCUCUCUCUCUCUCUGCCGUGGAGUAAGAACACUUUGUUUACCAAAGCUCUGAUUUCAUGUCGGGAUCUGCUGCUUUUGCUCAAUGCGGGCCUGGAAAUGUCAAAGAUAUCUGCCUGAACAAAGCCGAGCCUGCCCCCCCGAUGCCCUACAUAGAGCCGCUCAGUCAGGACGGAGAGGAAGACUCUGGGUUUUGUUUUUCACUCUUCUGCUGCUGCUGCUGUGAUAUAUCGUACGCUGUGCUAAGAUGGUAGUUUUUAUGUGUUGAAAAUUACAAUGUGUGUUUUUCCUUUUUUUUUGUCACAUGCCUGAGAGAAACGGUGAUGAGAGGGCGGAGAGGCCUUUAAAUUAUGUUUGUAGGACACAGAGUUACAGAGUUGGAGACGGAGCUCGAGUCGGCAGGUCCUGAAAGAUCUGAGAGUCAGUUCUUCUACGGAUGACGGCGUGUAGAGGAAGUAGUCUCGGUGACCAUUUAGCACAGGGCGACAGAUUCACAGAGCGACUGUUUGAGGAGGAGCUUCUCAUGUUUUUUUUGUUCUGCUGCACACACUUUGUGUUUUGAUAACAAACACUCGGCUGUUGAGCUGCAGGUACUUUGCAGGUAGUCUGUUUAACAUCCUGAAUAACUAUCAGUAUCCUGAGUUUGUGUGCAUAAGCAGCAAAGGAACAAUACCGAGGUCGUCUGCAGCGAUCCCAGUAUCAGACACAACAACAGGCUCAGACUGUCGUAGAUCAGAUUCAUGCACUGAGCACCGUUAAAAUCUAAUGGUAGAUGAUAUGUGGUUAAAGGGAUAUUCAGGUGUAAAAUUAAUUUAGGGUCAAACCCACAGUAACACCGAGUUAGACCCCCCCUCCAGAGACGACCACAUAUGGCAAUACAGAGAGCCACGCCCCCAACCAAAACGCCACUCUAUAGCCACAAAUAAUGCUCAGAACAGCACCUAACUUCAUCAACAGGACAUAUAGGGUCACAGCCAUAGUACUAGACACCAAACAUCUUUUUAACUUUGACUCAUUUCUUUAGCAAAGAGACUAAACACAACUCACCUACUCUCUUCCAGCAGACGCUUGUUUGUAGUGAGACCACAGGCCAGUCCAUUACAGACUACAGCGGGGUGCCGCAGCUCAAGGAAGAACAUUUAUGAUCAUUUCUUUAUCAUUCAUUGUGUGCAUAAAAAGAAAAAUCAACAAAUGUGUUUUUCAUGUAAAUACAGCGGUGAAGUUAGUUUUAGGUUGGAUAUAUUUUCCUGUAAAUACGGCGGUGAAGUUAGUUUCAGGUUGGAUAUAUUUUCCUGUAAAUACAGCGGUGAAGUUAGUUUCAGGUUGGAUAUAUUCUCCUGUAAAUACGGCAGUGAAGUUAGUUUUAGGUUGGAUAUAUUUUCCUGUAAAUAUGGCGGUGAAGUUAGUUUCAGGUUGGAUAUAUUCUCCUGUAAAUACGGCGGUGAAGUUAGUUUCAGGUUGGAUAUAUUUUCCUGUAAAUACGGCGGUGAAGUUAGUUUUAGGUUGGAUAUAUUUUCCUGUAAAUACGGCGGUGAAGUUAGUUUCAGGUUGGAUAUAUUUUCCUGUAAAUACGGCGGUGAAGUUAGUUUUAGGUUGGAUAUAUUUUCCUGUAAAUACGGCGGUGAAGUUAGUUUCAGGUUGGAUAUAUUUUCCUGUAAAUACGGUGAAGUUAGUUUUAGGUUGGAUAUAUUUUCCUGUAAAUACGGCGGUGAAGUUAGUUUUAGGUUGGAUAUAUUCUCCUGUAAAUACGGCGGUGAAGUUAGUUUCAGGUUGGAUAUAUUUUCCUGUAAAUAAGACGGUGAAGUUAGUUUCAGGUUGGAUAUAUUUUCCUGUAAAUACGGCGGUGAAGUUAGUUUUAGGUUGGAUAUCUGACGGACAUUCUCUGAGGAUCUACCGGUGUCUUCUCACUCUCCAUAACCGGGAAUAACAACAGCAGCGCGGUUAAAUCUACUCGACACCCUCACUGUCAACGUCUGUGUUGAAUAAGGGACCGUCAAUAAAUGAAAAAAAGUUAGUGUCAAGCCCUGUAAUCACCAUAUCAAUCAUUUUCACUGCAGACGCGGUCGUUCUUCUGCCUUAGUGGUCGUCAACAUUCAUCUCUGGAGGGGGGGUUCUGACUCGGUGUUACGGUGUGUUUGACCCUAAAUUAAUUUUACGCCGGAUUAUCCCUUUAAUGCCCGUUGGACUGUAUUACAUGUGCCUCCAUCUCUUCUCUGUGGUUAUUCAUGCCGUCUUAAAUGUGCAGUAAGUAUCACCUGACGGUGUUUUCAGGCUGUUUGUGUCAUGUUUAUCAGAUGUCACUCUCCACAGAGAUCUCGUUCUUCUUGGGUGUGUCGAAGCAGCAGCAGCAGCUUCAUCUCUGCUUUUUGUGGUUCGAAUCAACUCCAGACAAGUUUGUGUGCACACCUGAUGAUUGGCUGCCUGCAGAGGUGUGGUGCUGGUGGGGGUAGAGAGAAAGUAGAUUCAGUGUAAUGGUUUUAUAAAUGAUCUGCAGUAUUUAGAGGACAGUAAAUGUAGAUGUCUGGACCUGUCUUUGGCUGUACCUGCUGAACCCGGGCACAGAUCUCUUUCCUCACAUCUCCCCUUUCCUCCAAGAGUCCAGCAGACCAGUUAGGCUCUUGUCAGUAACCAUCUAUCACCCCCUCCUCUUCCCUCCAUCAAUUUCCCCUCCACCUCUCCCCGGACAGAGCCGAGCCUCUGGAAGCUGAGCUGGUUUACUGACCAGAUCGAUGCAGGCUGGCAGGACUGGUUUCCGGGUUGACGAGCCCUGAAGAGAUCGCUCAGACGCGCUGGUGCCACCUGUAAUUUUAUUGUUAGUCGUGUCUGGGCUGAGAGGCCCGAGCAGGACCGCGAGGGGAGGCUUUUACAGGAUCCUUCAGGGUCCCGUGGAAACCCAGAAGACGGUUCUGAAUAUCAAAACUAAAUGUUGUUUACCAUCCUAAUUAAAAUCAUAUUAACUCCACAUACCUGAGGGUUAUUCAGUCAGCUGUAGAUCAGGCAACGCCCCCCUGAUCAUUGAUUAUUGAAGUAGCCUCAGUGACGCCACCCACGGAGAGAUGACCUCUUUAGUUUUUUAGAUGUUUUUAUGUUAAACUGAAGUUUGAUUACAAACAUAAACCCCAAAUUUUUAGUUUUUUUCCUCGAGUCACUUAGUCAUCACUCUGUUGUUGUUUUUUGGGGAUUAAGUUCAUUUUUAUGACAGAGACUUUAAUCUGAUCGCUCCUCAGAACAUCCUGGAGUUUAUGAAUAUUACCAUCAUAAAAACUGAAGCAGCAAACUUUCUGAAAACUAAUAUUUGUGUCAUUCUCAAAACUUUCGGCCUCGGCUGAAUGUAGUUUUUGAUACUUUUGGAUCCUGCCUCUAGUGGAGACUCGUGGAACUGCAGUUUUUAGCUCUUCUGCACCGUUUCAUCCCUUAAAUCUGGAUCUUCCUGCUUAAUAAAGUCCUCUGGUCUACGCCUGACCUGAAGCUGUUUGGAUGAGUCAUCGCUGCGUCAGGAGGGACCGCCGCCAUCUUCUUCUUCUUCUCUGUCUCCUGGGCUCGGUCCCAUCAGCUCAGAGUCUCUGUGAAAUGUGUCCCCGUCUGUGAGGACCGGGGGCGGUCUUUGGGGAGUCAUGGAGCGGCGGCUGUCUGGGUGUGUUUCCUGCUAUGAAAUGACUUUUUCUCAUCUGCUGUUUGGAGCCGAUAUUCUCCGACAGUAAAACUCUCUGUGGGGUCGUACGCUUUAAGACCAACGCUGUUUAUAAUCACAACAGGAGCGUCAGGUGUGGCUCCGCCCAGCAGUAAACAGAUCCCCGGAGUGAAACUGAAGGUACGGGUUUUAUGAGAUGUUCCUACUUUGAGUUUUCGUGUCAGAGUCACGUUCAGGAGUGAAGAGUGAUCUGAAAACAAAGGUCUGUGUCUGCAGGGAGGACGGACCAGCUGGAACCAUCAGAGACCGUCUGGUUCCUCAAAAGCUCCAUGCCUGAUGCUCCAGGGUAUCACUUUGAAGUCCUCCUCAUAAAGACACGGUUUCUGACGCCCUGCAGGGGCGUGUCACGUCUCAACAGGAUGUAGUUCAGCAAAUAAUGCGUCCCGUUAAGGCGCCCGCCGUCUCCCUCUGCUGACCUUUUUACUGCAAACACUUCAGCAGAUCUUCACCCUCGCUCGGGUUCUUGAGGGGAGAUGGGAGUUUGACCAACCAGUCCUCAUGUGUUUGUGGACUUGGAGAAGGCCUACGACCGUGUCCCCAGGGGAAUCCUGUGGGGGGUGCUCCGGGAGUAUGGGGUGGAUGGUUCCUUAUUAAGGAACGUCCAAUCCCUUUACCAAAGGAGCACGAGCUAGGUCUGUGCAGCCGGCUGGAGGUCAGACUCGUUUCCGGUGAGAGUCGGACUCCUCCAGGGCUGCCCUUUGUCUCCGGUUCUGUUCAGAACUUUAGGGGUGGAGGGUGUCCAGUUCCGCAGGCAGAGGAUCGCGUCGCUGCUUUUUGCGGAUGAUGUGGUUCUUCUAGCCUCGUCGAGCAGUGACCUUCAGCUCUUGCUGCGGCGGUUCACGGCCGAGUUUGAAGCGUCAGGGAUGCGAAUCAGCACCUCCAAGUCCAAGGUCAUGGUCCUCAGUCAGAGAAAGGUAGAUCGCCUUCUCCGAGUCGGAGGGGCGGGUAGGAUAGAGCGGGACUAAACCAGGUGACACACCUUCUCUGUCUUUGACUCAAACAUCAGGAGGAGCAGAGACUGAGGAGAGUUAGUGUUUGUGACGGAGGGCGAGCAGAGAGACACACAGGGGGGCGGGACAGGAAGGACUUUAACUCUUUCUUCACUUCAUGUCAAUCACAGUCUCUGUCUUUGCUUCUGGUUAGAAAUGCGAGUGUAGAUCUGUGUUUACGAAGCGUGUGUGGAGAGGAGCCUAACUCUCUUCCUCUCUUCACCAAUGAUAGGAGACGAUACACACCUCUGUCUCUGUGUCUUUUUAUUUCAAUACUUUUAAUUGUUUGGUAGAAACUUCAGCUGCACCGACACUCCAGCGCUCAGAGAGAGAAGUUUGGACUGUAAAUCUGUGCGGCUGCGACUCCAACAAAGUUAAUUUUUGACUUACAGGUCCGUCUAAAAACUCAGAGUCAGGAUGUUCAGAGGAGAUCUCAUCAGAGUUGACUUUAGUCAGUUUGGGGUGAGAGUGUGUGUGUGUGUGUGUGUGUGUGUGUGCGUGCGCGCGCCUGCUGCAGCAUGUUGUAACACUAAUUAAUGAGCAGUAACCAAAGACAGUGAUUCUGAGAUCAGCUGUUUUUCUUCUCCGUCUCUCACUCCUCACUCUUGGCUCUGCUUCAGUCCGUGAAAAAUCAGCUUGUGGAGAGACUCUGUCUGUCUUUGUGUUUCUCUCUCUGGUGAAUUCGAUAAAUAAAGACAAGAGACACGAGUAACAACAUGCAGAUGAUUCUCUAAGACAGAAAAACCACCUCUGAUGCUGCAGGUUAGAUUUUAUUUAGAGAGAGAAAUCUCUCUAAAAAUCUCUCUUUAUGUGUCACUCAUUAUCUCUGUGUUUACAGUCUGAGCUCACGUUCACGUCUGUGCAGCAGGUCAACUUUCAAAUCCAUGUCCUGACUUAGUCUGGACUCACGGGGACUUUGGAGUCUGAGCGCUAAACGUUAAUCCUGAACCAGGUUCACUUUGGCAAACGUUCACGAGGAGCCGCUGCGCUUACAGUAACGCAGAGCUGCUGUGACAUCGAUCGAUUCACGGUGUGACUGUAGACACCUGUGUGUGUGUGUUUCUGAUUUUAGUUAAGUCAGGGUUUCUCUGUGUGUGUGAGGAGCUGCAGACACACACAAACACACACACACACACACACGCACACAAACACGUUUUAAUGAGAUUGUUUUGAUUGUAGAACUUUUAAGUGCACUGAUUAGAUAUAUAUGACUAGAUUUAAGUAGAAUAAUAGAUGUAUAUGACUAGAUUUUAAAGCAAAAUAGGAGAUGUUAAUGACUAAAUUCAAAAGUGAAAUAAUAGAUGUAUAUUACUAGAUUUAGGAGUGAAAAAAUAGAUGUAUAUGACUAGAUUUAAAAGUGAAAUAAUAGAUGUAUAUUACUAGGUUUAGGAGUGAAAUAAUAGAUGUAUAUCACUAGAUUCAAAAGUGAAUUAAUAGAUGUUUAUUACUAGAUUUAACAGUGAAAUAAUAGAUGUAUAUUACUAGAUUCAAAAGUGAAUUAAUAGAUGUUUAUUACUAGAUUUAAGUACAACAAUAGAUGUAUAUUCCUAGAUUUAGAAGUGAAAUAAUAGAUGUAUAUGAUCUAGAAAAGGUGUGACUAUUAUGGGACAUGAUCACAGUGUCUUCAGCACCAUCUUUAGGACCGUCCUGGGACGUUAACAGUUCACUCACCUCUUUGAACAUCCAAGUAAAAAUCCAAAUAUUGAUUAUUGAUCUUAUUUUGAAGCUGUGAUAGUUUUGAGUGUAAUUCUCCUUUAAACCAGGGUGGAUGUGUCUGCUCUGUAGCAGUGGGAGGAGGAGGAGGAGGAGGAGGAGGAGGAGGAGGAGGAGGAGGAGGAGGAGGUGUCGGUGUGUUUCUGUGCAGCUCUGCAGCAGCAGCAAAAGUUGCUGAGUGUUUCUUUGCGUGUCUGUGUGUUUUAUGAGAGUGUGUGCAACAACAGCGCAGCCAGCUUGGCAACAGGGCUGCGCCAUGAUGUAAGUGACGCAGCAAAUGAAGGCGAGGGAGGGGCAGGGAUGAAGAGGAGGAGGAGGAGGAGGAGGAGGAGUGCAGACAGAGUGAUGGACCCCCUGCUGAUGCUCGGAGAGGGAGUGUUAAAGCUGGUAGUUCCUGGAUCGGAAACAAAAGCGUGUUUUCUUGGUUUUUUUUACUCGUUUUACCUUCUUCAUCCUCCUCUUUUUAACCCUUUAACUCCCUCCUCUGUUUCCACUCACUGAAAACAAUCUGUGUCCCAUUUAGAGACCGUCCUGACUGAGGCGGCGGCUGUAAAUCCCCGUGUCAUGAUCACGGCCUGUAGGGAUCUGCCCAGCGGUGGGACCCUUUGCAGCGCUGACCCCAUAGUCAUAAUCUGCUCUUAUUUAAUCUGCUCAGCUCGAGGAUUUUUCCUUUUUUCCCUGAGAUAAACCGGUGUACGAGGCAAUCCCUGAUUUCCCCAGGUCCCCGUCCACCAUGUGACUCAGGAGAGACGAGGCCUGAGUGUGUUUGUCAGCAGUUUUCUGCAGAUACGUGGUUCAGUAUCUGGGACAUGCUUCCUCUGCUGGUCCCUCUAAACUCUGUGGAGGUAAACUGAAUCUGAAAUCUGAUAAAUCCACAAUAAUGAGGAGGAGAAACUGACCUGAGAGCGUCGGUCUGCUAAUGAUACUCUUAUUACAGCACAACGAAGAGCCAAUCACUCUGAUCAUCUCUGCUCUGAGCCAAUCACAGCUGGAUUAUAAUCUGAGGUAAUCUCUGCUGCAGUGUGGCGCGGCAGCAUGGAGAGGUUUGACAGGUAGAAACGUCCCUGCAGAUGGAGUUAUCGGGCGUGUUUGACGAUCUGAGAAGCAGUUGAAAAGAGCGUCCCACCCCCCACACAAACCUCUCCCCUAGCUAGCUUCAAAUAGGAUCCACCAUGUCGGAUUGCUAGUGACUCGCAGCAGUUGAAUACAGCGAGGUGAUUGGAUAGUGAGGCGGAGAAGGAGAUUGACCAAUAGGAGCUGUCCAGGACAGAUGGCUCCCAUUGGUCAAUGUUUUUGCAGCCCUGCACCUGAUAGGGUGAACCGAUUCUUUCCAUUCUCUUUUCUCUUCACUUUGUGGAGAUCGGGCUACAGGACCAUGAUCGCCAUGGAAACGAGGUUCAUAAUAAUUACCGACCUCUACAAUCAUCAACCAGGUUUUAAAAUCCAGUUUCAGCUCUGUUGUUGUUUUUAUUUUUGUGUUUAUGAGACGAGGACCUGCAGGAAGAUCAGCUGAGCGACCGUGUGUGUGUGUGUGUGUGUGUGUGUGUAUGUGUGUGUGUGUGUGUGUGUGUGUGUGUGUGUGUGUGUGUAAUUUCUUCUUCUCUCUUUACUCAGCAGUCCUCAGUGAUCAGAGCGUAUAUCAAGACAGAUGUACAGGACAUCCUUUCCUCUGAGCAUCAUAAACACUCUCUCUCUCUCUCUCUCUCCCUCUCUCUCUCCCUCUCUCUCUCUCUCCCUCUCUCUCUCUCUCUCUCUCUCUCUCUCUCUCUCUCUCUCUCUCUCUCUCUCUCUCUCUCUCUCUCUCUCUCUCUCUCUCUCUCUCUCUCUCUCUCUCUCUCCCUCUCUCUCUCUCUCUCUCUCUCUCUCCCUCCCUCUCUCCCUCUCUCUCUCUCUCUCCGUCAUUGAACUCCGUCACCCCUCCGCCUUUCUCCUGCUGCUGUCUGGAGUUUAAAUGCCUCCUUCUCUGCUCGUGUUUUGCUCGUUUUUUCUGGAAACUCUGUGAGCAGAGAGAGAGAGUCCUCGGUCAGCCACAUGAGCCGUAUUUCCACCGCAGGAGCUUCCCCCGGGGACCCGGGACCUUUUGGAGGAACUUAGCGUGUCUUAACCACAAGGAACCGGAUCAGAACUUGGUCCCAGUGACACUAUUUUAAAACCCAGGAGUCACUGUUGAUGGUUUGAUAGUAUGUCAGUCAAAAACACUCCGCUCCAUCAGGUUUGCAGAUCUUACCGGCUGCUUCCUCCUGGUCUCACCAUCCUAAACAAAGAUAGUCAGGAGUGAGAUGUCUCACUCCACAGCAGUUUCAGGAGUGCUCAGUGUUGGAUUUUUGCAGAUAUCUGAUAUGAUGGUAUUUUAGACAACAUCUGAUUUCACCUUCAAUGAUCACAGUUUUCUUUCUCAAAUGCAGACAUUCAGUUUUGGGGCCCCCUGUGGACAAAGGAGAAUCUCUCAUAUAUUCACUAGUUUGUCAUGCACCUGUGUAAGUAGUGUUCUCUAAAGUUGAGUUAAAUAUGUACAGCUGGUAAUAUUUACAUCAUAAUAAUGAGGAGAUGCUGAUUCUAGAAGUCUAGAAGUAGAUUUCCUCCUCUGGAAGGACACAAUCUACUGCUUAUAUGUCUAUGUGUCUGUCUUUAUAGAGACAACUGGUUAUCGCACGAUGGAACGUGAAUCUGCGGGUUCUUGUGAGUUCUUGGAUUACCGCUGUCCAUAAUCUGUCACGAAAUUCGCCUCACCAACUGGCAGAUGGUGAAAAUCGCAGCCGUUACAGAUGCGUCCAGAGGUGUCACUGUUUCAUACCUCUUCAAAAACUCCCUACAGUGGCUUUAAUCCAUCCUCAUUUUGGAUAGUUAACUUUUUAAACUUUGACCGUCUGAAACUGAUUUCCUCAGUCCUUGCAGAGCAUUAAAAACAUACAGCGGCGUUUUGUUUCGCAUCUAUUUCCAGCUUGAUCAUUUUUGGGCUGAUCUCAUCCACAGGUGACCCUCUUUGUCUGAUACACACCUGCGGAACAGGACGCUCUCGCAGACUGAUCUGAAAAGUGUGAAAGUGUUGACAAAAACUUCCUCUGCUUUCUACUCGGCUCUGAUCCCCCUGAAGGAUCAACAAAACUCUGGAUUAGAGACGUAGACGGAGCUCUGACAGGGUGGGACUGAUGAAAGGAGCAGGGUGUGCAGACUCUAUUCAAAUGAACAGGAAGGAGAGAAGUGGGUGUGUUGGUCUGUAGGUGUUGUCGGGGGGCAUGUUGCUUCAGGAUCCAGUGAGGCGGUAACAUUUUGUCCUCGCUGCAUCAGUCGGUAAAGUCCGCUCGCCUCAGGAUGUCCAUAUGCUCUGUGUAUGUAUCAGGCUGAGAGUUAGGACAGCAGCCCCUCUGUAGCAUCAUGUCCUGAAAGUCUGAGGAGCGUCUUCAUCCGCUCUCACUCACGCUUGUUUUCCAUGUCGGCCUCCUGCAGCUCAAACACCCGUGUCAUGUUAUCAAUUUGGCCAUUUGUUCUGCCGAGUCAGCAGGGGAAGGAAGCCACCGAGCGGCGUGUUCAGCUGAUGUGCUCUGUCAUGGCCCGGCGUUGGCGGAGAGGAGGAGGAGUGCUGUGUCAUGAACAAAAGGGAGUGUUGUAGGACACAGAAAUGUCCUUGUUGUCUUCAUAUUAAAGGGAAAUGUGCUGCGAGGCUCAGAUAAGCUUUUAUUUUUAACAGAGGAGGACAGCUGAUCGACGUUAUAUCACACACACACACACACACAGAGACUCUAGUGUUUUCACACCUGAAAGUCCAAACCAAGGUCUGUCUUUUUCUUCUAUUAUAUACAUUUGGUUCCCCUCAGCUCCUCCUCUCCCCUCAAGCCCCGCCCACAAACAGACGCUCCUGCUCGCUCGUAUCGUUCCAGUUAAAUUCAGAUAUAAUGCAGAUAAAUACUUCAGAUCAUUACAAAUGGGGCCCAGUCAAGGUGAAAGUCAAAAGCAUUGGUGCUACUGUAGAUGCCAACAGAAUACCAGCAAACACAAUGUUUGCAGGACUUCUACAACUAGGAUAAAGUGACAUAGUCCAGGACCCGAGGGAGGACAGUUUAGCGAUGGCGCUACAACACGCUACAGCAGGUCCGUUUGACAAGAAACACUUCUGUUACAGACACUUGUCUUACUUUGUUAAAGCGGUUUACCUGUCCAGCAGAAAGGUUACAGGGUCACCAAGAUCCCCAAGCGUCCCCCAUCGUUUAUGUUGACCCGGCUUUUUAGCUCUUGUCCGGUCUACCUCCGUUUUAAGCGCCCGUUAUUCCUCCAGAGUCUCCGGUAUUUACUUUGUUUUCUUGCUUGUGUCAGCAGUCGUGGCCAAAGGAGGAUUCGGACAAUUUUCCGAACUUUCUGGUUGGUUUCUACUGUCCGAUAUUGUAGCACGCUAACUUUGUUUGGGCUCCUGAACGACACGGGGGAGCAGCGUCUGCCUCACAACCAAUCAGGUUAGAGGAGGUGGAGAACGACUUUGUUUACAGUCAGAAAGAGCGGACCGCUCAAAAAUGUUCAAAUGUUGACGACACAGACAUAAGAGAACACAGAGAUAUCGAUAUAUUACCAAAUAAUCAAUAACUAAUAACUAUUGACUGAUAUUAAAAGAGUAUUUGUACAAACACCACAAAUAAAGACGCUUCUUUAACAGAUUCCACCUUUAACAAAAAGGUUUAACACAGCAGAGAUACUUCCUGAAACUAUAAGCUGAGACAAAAACUCCUUUUUUUCUGUAUUUUCCUCUAAAAUCAAACAUUAAAGUCUGUUAGGACGUGACUGCUGCGUCAAACAGUCACCUGGAGUAACAUUAAACUUAUUUUUUAGACCUUUUAGAAGCUAAAAAACCCAGGAUAUGAAUAUUAAAGAGUCCAGAAUUAAAGCUUAAACCCUAAUGAAUGUUUCAUGUGAGAUCACAGGAGCUUCAUCGACUCUGCUUCUGAACGGGUCACCUGUUUUUUCUUCUUUGACCGUCAUUCGCUCCAAACGAACAAACCUCACCCCUCCACCUCUGUGUGUGUGUGUGUGUGUGUGUGUGUGUGUGUGUGUGUGUGUGUGUGUGUGUGUGUGUGUGUGUGUGUGUGUGUGUGUGUGUGUGUGUGUUUCUGGCAGUAACACCCUGACUCAGCCGUCUCUCAUGUCCAGUCCUGUUCAGUAUUUCCUCGCUGCCUCUUGUCUUCGCUCUGUUGUCUGCCUGCAGACUGACGUCCUCCUCGAUUCUGUCUGGCAGGUGUCGUAGCCGUGAAUGUGUGCCGCCCUUGCGCCGACUUUGUGUCAGAAACUUGAAUUUGUAUCGUUGUUUUCUGGAUCAGUGGAGUUCAGGUCCAGGAGGACGUUUCUUCAGAGUCCUCUCUCUCUCUGUGGUUAUUUUUGGGUGUUUUCAUCCCUCACUAACUUUAAUAACCGCGGCGUGUUCUUUCUGUCGAGCAUGUGGCCGUUCCACCUUUAAACAGCUGAUGGAGACGCUUGUUUUGGUCGCCAUGUGGUCAUUCUCUGCUUCUGUUUUUAGUUCAACGCCCGUGGCAAACGCGACUCGUGAGCACAUCAGCUCGCGUCACCGCGCGUCCCGUGGUUACUGCCUGACGGGGCACAUCUCUACCUUUAGGACAAAGUUUGGAUGAUUAAAGAUUAACCAGAAACUGAAGCUGUUACACCAAAGUGCAGAAAAUACUUCAUGGAAUAAAAACUCCAACUGCCUUUGAGAAAACACUCAAACAGAAGUGAAACGGUUUGUUAUGUAACGGUGGUUUUUAGAGGGAAAUAUUUCAGCCGCAUGUAUUUAAAAAAUGAUCUUUAUGUAGGUUAAAGACUUUAAGGCAGUGAUUGAGUUAGGUUUGAAGACAUAUAAAUACUCGGCUUUAACUCUGCAGGACUCAAAUCCUGCAGGUUUGUUUAAUUCAUGACAAAAUAACAUCGUUUAUUUUCCAGUUUUAUUCAGAGUUAAUAAUCAACUCUGCAAAUAUCUGGAGUUUAUCAGACACUAUAUAUUUAAAAAGUUGCAGAAAGUGAUUUAACUUCAAAAUAAAACCUUAAAUGUACUUUUUGUUCCUGGAUUAUCCAACAUUUUCCCUUAUUUUAGACGCUCUGAUCAAUUUCAAACUCUCUUCUAUUUUAAGAGCCUGAAAGGUCCGAUUCAUAGAAAUCAACAGGAGCUCCAAUGUUUGGUUUCCUCACAAGUAAAGAAGAGUGCCGCGGGCCGAACCUCCUCUAAUCGGACUCGUGUUUGGUGGCUUCUGUGCAGGAGAAGGUUCUGCAGCCGUGAUGUUCGCAGGCUGGUUCUGGUUGGAUAUGAGGAGCGCGUGUUCGAUGGAGGAUGGCGAGCAUCAGUGUGUUUGUCUCGUGUGAGGGUCCGAGCAGGGACUCUGGUCUGACAGCUGAGGUUUUCAGGAUGAUGAACAGACAUGAUCAUAAGUCUGUCUAUUGAGAAAUUCUUGAUUUAACUCACAUUUGUAGUGAUUCUGUUCACAAACCUCAGAACCACCUGUUAUGAGGUUUGAGAUACUUGAACUCCUCUACUUGAGGCUGGACCACCCCUCCGACCCGGAGAAGGUAAUCUACCUUUCUCCGACUGAGGACCAUGACCUCGGACUUGGAGGUGACUGAUCAAUAAGUCCACAGAUUAAAUGUUUUUCUCAGAUCCAGAGGUUUCCUCGGUCGCCGCAGGAGCAGAUGGCGUGUCGGUGAACAUGUGUUUGCGGGAGGUUGAUAUUUACGGAUCACAGAUGACAGGAGGAGCCUCAUGGUCUGUGGAUCCUCAUGCAGAGCAGAAGGGGGUCACUGUGGGUCAUGUGCUGUGGUCCUCAGCCUCCAGAUCUCCAGAACCACAUAUGAGUUCUGCCAAAGUCCACGCCCUUCAGUUCCUGUCCAUGUAGAGCUCUGAUCGCAGGUGUUGGUCCUUCAGCUGAACUUGAUUAACAUUAAUUAAUGAUUAUUUUAGGUUUGAUAGGCAGGGGGGAAAAAAUCACUGAGGGGACUUUAUUAUUAUUAUUAUCAUUAUUAUUAUUAUUAUUAUUAUUAUUAUUAUUAUUUUUAUUAUUAUUAUUAUUUUUAUUAUUUUUAUUAUUAUUAUUAUUAUUAUUAUUAUUAUUAUUAUUAUUAUUUUAUUAUUAUUAUUAUUAUUAUUAUUAUUAUUAUUAUUAUUAUUAUCAUUAUAUUAUUAUUUUUAUUAUUUUUAUUAUAUUAUUACUAUUGUUAUUAUCAUCAGGGUUUUUCCUGGCUCAAAUUGAGGCAGAGGUGGCACCAUCCUGACCGUGCGCCACGACGUGCAUGUAUUUGUAAAUUCAACCGAUUCACUUUCUUUUACAGGCAACAUACUUUAAGUUAAGAGUUCAAAAAAGAGUGUGACCAUUAUUAUGUUAAAGCAUUCAUUUAUUAAAACUAUAUACAUACACAAAUCAGCUGGCAACUUUAAAUUGAAAGUACACUUCAUCCACACAUCUCGCAACCAGACAGAACAUUUCAGCCUCCUCAUUCUGUAGAACCUCCUCAUGCACUCCUUGUAGUCCAAGGCCUCCUGGUCUGGUCCAUCAACGGCCACCUUACAACAGACAUCCAAGUGCCUCUCCUUCAGUCUGUUCCACAGAGGUGUCUUCACCUUAAACAAAACAAUUCAUCAUGCAUUAAGUAUUUUUGUUUUUAUUCUAAUACAGACAUGAAGAGUGAUAGUGUUUUCAAUCAUAUAUUAUAUAUAUGUAUACGCUGCAGUGUCCUCCCUAAAAAAAAAAAAACGACAACCAAUUAUUUCUUAAACUAUGUAAACUAUGUUAUUUUAGUUUUUGUAACUUUAUUAGUUGAGUUUUUUUAGGUACUACCAUCUUUAAUAUAUUUCUUUCUCUUCUGCUGCUUUGUGAACGGCUGUCACCUCAUGUCUUUUUAAUGUGUCCAGCCUGUAGUUGGUUGAUGGCUGUCUCACUAAGGAGGCAGCAACUGCCUGCUGGGUUGGGGCACAGUGCUUUUGGCAUAAAUAGCAGUGCAUGCCUUCCUCAGUAUGCCUGAGCCAGGUAAAUUGAUUGAGCCACUGCUUGUCAAAGCCACUGGCUCUGUGUUUUUGAGAAGAUCUGGAAAGAGGAAUAAAAACCACGUACACGUCGGCUUUGCGUUGUUAUGCUCCUAAUUGGAAACUAAUUAAUUAAUUACCCUCGCCUCGCCGACUCGUCCUGUCCUGCAUUCUGACCCUCGCGAUCACCAGUCCCUUGUGAAGUACUUUCAGACCUGACACAAAUUUCCACGUUGUCUCCAACAUGAAUUAUAGCAUUUUAACUGCCUGUUACGUUUUUUCUCUGCUGUGUUUCACCUGGACUCUUGACUUUCCUCCUCGCGAGGUCGCUUUUAAAGUACUGGCUGAUUUUGCCUGUCAUAACUGCAACGCUAAAAACGGAGUAAAAUUUUUUUUUUUAAAUAAACACGACAUGCUCGAAUGCAAAAAAGAGAAGCAGUAUUUACCUGUUUGUACCAUCCGCCAGGGAAAAUCAGGACGCCGAUAGCACCAACUAGCGGGAAAAACACUUGAAAAAACAUGAUUCGAUCCGUUUCUUCUUCGGUAGAUGCUUCAGGUCUUUCCGGUGCACUGCUGUUGAUAUAGCGCCUCCAUAGUGGCGCAACGCUGCAACUGCAGUUAAAAUACGUUGCUGCUGCAUCGGGACAUCAAUCGCUCAAUCAACACAGCUGGAGCUUUACGCUGUGUUGAGCGAAAUCAAUCGCUCUGGCUGGGGGCGGCACAAAAUUAGGUGGAGGCGGCCGCCACGCAAUUUUGAACGCAGGAAAAACCCUGAUCAUUAUUAUUAUUAUUAUUAUUAUUAUUGUUAUUACUGUGUUAUCCCCAAUAUAAGAUGAUCUUUAAUAAAAUACUUUUUAAUCACCAAAGAUGAUUCGUUAUCAACUUAUACUGACAAUAAAACAGACAGAUUAUAACUGUGAGGAAGACAGACAGUUCAGCACCUCCAUAUGUGUGUGUUUUCUCUUUAAUUUGUUGCCAUGGUGACGCUUCACAGAGAAAACCGGCGAGUAUUGGAGUCAGUGACCGUAUGUCUGCGGGAGGAUACUCGCGUUUCAGUGUUUUCACCGCAUGAAGUCGAGCGUGAAGUUAAAUCUGUGCAGGAAGUGAAGCAGAAAAGACGUGUGUGUGUGUGUGUGUGUGUGUGUGUGUGUGUGUGUGUGUGUGUGUGUGUGUGUGUUAACACUGGUGGCUGUUUUACAUAAUGAAUGUUUACUGUACGUCUCCUGGUCUCUGAGCCUGGAGCUGCUGCUGCUGCGUCUGCUGAGUCACUGUGUGGUCACUGCAGGAACAUGAUCGCCCUGCUGCUGCUGCUGCUGCUGUUCCUGUUCCUGAACAUCAUCUGAACCACCCAGCCCACUUUAAUAGCUAAUGAUUGAGUCAUGGGACAGCCAGGGUAUGUUGGCAUGUGCUCCAACAUGUCAAGACUUUCCCCUCCAGCUCCAGUCUCUGUGUGAGCCGCUGAAGGACCAGGUCUGGUUUUAAAGCGUGGUCAUGUUUGUAAGAGUUAGAAAACGUGGAUUCUUCAGUCAGCAGAUACCAAACAGGUUAUAAAUGCUGCUUUAAAACCUCAUUAACAUCUCCUAAACAUCCUCAGAUUCAGAAGUCUUCAGUGAAAUGCUCUCGAGUUUAAUCUUGGAGACCCUGGAGGUCACAGGUUUGCAGGAGCUGAUCUAAUAUCAUCUCUAACUGCAGCACUUCUAUGACUUAGAGGUCAAAUUUACACCAAACUUCCACAUUAGAGUCGGCAGCAUCUCUCUGCUCCUGUGUUCUGAAGUUUUCAGUCUCUUCCUCUUCAUCCGUCCAAUCACAGCAUCUCUCUGUGACCCGUGUGAGCGUUCAGCAGAGCCGGCGGUCACAGUUUUAUGACACUGACAGGGAGCAGCAGCGGUCUGUAAUCUGCUGCACAUGUUUGCUCUGCAGCACGCGUGUCCUCCUGUGUUGUGAGGAGGCAAAGUGAACAAACAUCCUUCAGGAAACAGAGCACUUCAUCAGCCGCUCUGUGGGCCGUAAAGCUGUGAAGUUCAUACUGAUGAGAGGAACUCGAUAGAAGCGAGGUGAAUUUCUGCAGACCUCCACCAGACGAAGCUCCUGGUUUAUGACGGCGGCGGCGGCUGAGACAGAAAUCAGUCAGUAAUAUGUGUGAGGAAGCAGAGAGGGAGGGACAGGUAUGUGUCUGAUCAUAAAGCUCCUCCCGGUAAUAAAACAGAGCCGUCUGUGUGUGUGGCAGCAGGGUGAGGCCGACUGAGCUGGAACAGUGAAAUGUUGCUUUAGCUGCUGAAAUGAUUCAAGAGUGAUUGUCUGUCAGUCAGAUUAGAAAGAGGAAAAUAAAAGAGAGAUGGGUGUUCUCCUGCUUCAGAGGAAAUAGACGCCAAGAUGGCGACAUGUGUCUCCGUGUGUGUGUGUGUUUCCACUGGUGAUAAAACGAGAGAGACGGAGUGAUUUGUGAUUUAAUUAAACGGCUCCUCCACAUCAGAGACAGACAGAGGAACAGGUCCAGGUCCUGUUUUUCUGUCGUCACAGCAGGUUGAAGAUGCACAGGUUUUCAGAGAAAUGCUGUAGAUUUGAUAUUUGACAAAAAAAGGAUGUUUUAAAACUGUAUUUCAGUGACCCUAUAUGUACUAACCUCAGUAGAACAUGGUGUAGUUCUGUUUAGUAACAGAACCUCAUUGGAAAAUUAGCUGAUUUAACUUUACUGCGCUCUUGUUCACAUAUACUAUCUCGACAGCACAUACACUCACCGGCCACUUUAUUAGGUACACCAUGCUAGUAACGGGUUGGACCCCCUUUUGCCUUCAGAACUGCCUCAAUUCUUCGUGGCAUAGAUUCAACAAGGUGCUGGAAGCAUUCCUCAGAGAGCUUGGUCCAUAUUGACAUGAUGGCAUCACACAGUUGCCGCAGAUUUGUCGGCUGCACAUCCAUGAUGCGAAUCUCCCGUUCCACCACAUCCCAGAGAUGCUCUAUUGGAUUGAGAUCUGGUGACUGUGGAGGCCAUUUGAGUACAGUGAACUCAUUGCCAUGUUCAAGAAACCAGUCUGAGAUGAUUCCAGCUUUAUGACAUGGCGCAUUAUCCUGCUGAAAGUAGCCAUCAGAAGUUGGGUACAUUGUGGUCAUAAAGGGAUGGACAUGGUCAGCAACAAUACUCAGGUAGGCUGUGGCGUUGCAACGAUGCUCAAUUGGUACCAAGGGGCCCAAAGAGUGCCAAGAAAAUAUUCCCCACACCAUGACACCACCACCACCAGCCUGAACCGUUGAUACAAGGCAGGAUGGAUCCUACUUUCAUGUUGUUGACGCCAAAUUCUGACCCUACCAUCCGAAUGUCGCAGCAGAAAUCGAGACUCAUGAGACCAGGCAACGUUUUUCCAAUCUUCUAUUGUCCAAUUUCGAUGAGCUUGUGCAAAUUGUAGCCUCAGUUUCCUGUUCUUAGCUGAAAGGAGUGGCACCCGGUGUGGUCUUCUGCUGCUGUAGCCCAUCUGCAUCAAAGUUCGACGUACUGUGCGUUCAGAGAUGCUCUUCUGCCUACCUUGGUUGUAACGGGUGGUUAUUUGAGUCACUGUUGCCUUUCUAUCAGCUCGAACCAGUCUGGCCAUUCUCCUCUGACCUUCUGGCAUCAACAAGGCAUUUCCGCCCACAGAACUGCCGCUCACUGGAUAUUUUUUCUUUUUCGGACCAUUCUCUGUAAACCCUAGAGAUGGUUGUGCGUGAAAAUCCCAGUAGAUCAGCAGUUUCUGAAAUACUCAGACCAGCCCUUCUGGCACCAACAACCAUGCCACGUUCAAAGUCACUCAGAUCACCUUUCUUCCCCAUACUGAUGCUCGGUUUGAACUGCAGGAGAUUGUCUUGACCAUGUCUACAUGCCUAAAUGCACUAAGUUGCCGCCAUGUGAUUGGCUAAUUAGAAAUUAAGUGUUAACGAGCAGUUGGACAGGUGUACCUAAUAAAGUGGCCGGUGAGUGUAUAUCCAUACCUGUUAACAAAAUCAUGAUGUUAUUGAUAAUUUGGCUCAAUAAAAAACACCUUUACCUUUUCAUUUUACUACAGUAGAAGUUUCUUGGCCCAGAGUUUACAACAACUCUAAAUAUAGUAGUAGUACAAACAAGCGUCUGCUGGAAGAGAGUAGGUGAGUUGUGUUUAGUCUCUUUGCUAAAGAAAUGAGUCAAAGUUAAUAAGAUGUUUGGUGUCUAGUACUAUGACUGUGACCCUAUAUGUCCUGUUGAUGAAGUUAGGUGCUGUUCUGAACAUUAUUUGUGGCUAUAGAGUGGCGUUUUGGUUGGGGGCGUGGCUCUCUGUAUUGCUAUCCUGCGGUCGUUACUAAAGUUGGUAUAACUAGAGAAGCAAGCGGUCGGCAACAUUCACCUCUGGAGGGGGGGUCUAACUCGGUGUUACUGUGUGUUUGACCCUAAAUUAAUUUUAUAUAUCCCUUUAACUCUGUACUCUGACAUGAGUUCACUGCAGAUGUCAAAUCAAUAUCACUGAUCCUGAUUCUGGUUCCAGAAGUCAGCAGCUCUGGGUCCACAUUAGUCCCUGAAAGUGGAGCGGCUGUUUCAGGGUCUGUACUGCAACAAACCGACUCUCAGGGACAGAGGAGAGGAUGAAAUGAGGACUGAGACUUUUGGAUCAGAGGAUUUGGGGAUGGAUGAUGACGAGAGAGCGAUUUCAGUCCAGAUCCUUGAGGGGGGUCUUUCAGGGUGGUUUUAUUUUUAUUCCAGGGACUCCGGAUGUGGAUGACGGCCACAGGGAGUUGGCCAUCUGUCUGCGGAGAGGAGGAGCCUGUCAGACCGGCUCUGUUUUCUGGGUCUCCUGAACUCAGACAGGGUGCAGUUCUUCCUCCUUUUGUGACUCAGGUUUUAGGAAAAGUCCAAAGUUUGUUUACCUGCAGCUGACAGACUCUGAAAAAGGUUAGAAAGACCUCCUGUGUGGACUUUACCUAGACCAGCUGAAUCUAAAUGUGAGAGUUCAGGUUUAGAGCCCCGUUCGAUCCCCCUCGGAGCUCAGAGCCGGUCUUUGUUUGGGCCCUGUCAUCAGUCUAAUUACUGUAAUUCCCCCUCAGUCUGAGAACAAAGAGGCAGAGCGGAGGAUUUAACACGCGCACACACACACACACACACACACACACACACACACGCACACACACACACACACACACACACACACACACACACACAGACCUCCUGCUGCACCAGGAUCAGUAUCCUGCUCCUCUGCUCUGGAGUCAUAAAAUGAUCCUUUGAGCAGGAAACGGGUGAUGAAACUGUGAGUUUUAGUGGAUAAAUACAGAAAAAAGACUAACUUUAUAUUAAAUACAAAAUUAUUUAAAUCAAUCAGUAAUUAUUUAUAUCCCACUUUUCAUACACAACUGUGUUUUAAAAUAUGUUUAGUUUAGUUUAUUCGAACAGGUUAAAAGAAAAACAAAAUAAAGACAAUAUACAAUUUGCUUUGGCAUUGUGAUAUAUCUUCAUUAUAUAUAAUAAAGAUACCUAUUUCAUUUUUAAACUGGUGGAUAUUUGGUUGCUUAUGAUUUAGGUCCAUGUUAUUUUUUCAAGAUAAACAAUAAUGUCUCUCUUUUGCAGUUUUAUCUUUCAUUCUGACCAGUGGGAUCAGUUCAUAGAAACUGCCACUAGAUGGCGGUGUUGUCGCUCUUACUUACCAUGUUCGCGUAUUGCUAUAGUUUACUUUGUACUUUUUAGGGUUUCCAAAAAUUGCACCAUGGUCCGAGCAGAAGCUCAGGUGGUGCUCAAGUGUUGUGAUGGUGUCAGCAGGGCCGCUCUCACUACACGUUCAUUGAGCAGCUCUCUCACCCCAUGACAAGGAAAGAUGGAGGAGAGGAGGUUUGAGGUUUUAUAUGAAGGUCUGCCCAGAGGGGGCUCAGUCACGGUGCAGGACUGAAGGUGUGUUUUAAUCUCUGUGAAGUUCCUAAAUGUGAUGUCAUUUCCUGCUGGGAAGGUUAUUUACAGCUAAUCUAACCCACGGCCACAGCAGGAGGUGAUAACCGUGAAUAUGUGCUGUUUACCCACAAUCCCUUGCAGUAGAUGGCUUUAAAUGCAACUCUCAGUAUUGUGAGAGGCUGUAGCAGCUGUUGUUCUCUUUAUUGAUUCUCUGUUAUAGAAAAUAACUUUUGAAUCAGCAGACAUGCUUUUAAUGGAAAUACUCUUUUAUUUUUCAUUGUGAUUAAAUGUGUUUGUUUUUUUCUGUCUCCACCAGGUGGCGCUGCUGGGUUUGGACCUUUUAUCUGCCUUAGUGACACGGUUACAGGAACGAUUCAGGGCCCAGGUGGGAACAGGUGAGACUCUGAUUUAGAUUUUUGGAGUUAAAUCUGUUUAUUGAGUUCAUCAUUUCACAAACAUGUCAUUAUAUUUUAUUACUGAGUGAAUCAGAAACAUCUCUGAAACAAAGUCUUUUAAAGUUUCACCCUCAGUUAUCAUCAGACUGACCUUCUCCACCGAACAAAAAGAUCAGAUCAAACUUUGAAUUUAAAGGUCAUCACUUUAAUAUCUGAUAUUUGUCAGUGUUUAACUUUGGAGUAUUUUUCAAUUAGUGUAUCAUCAAUACACACCAUGGGCAGCAGCCAUACCAUACCAUAAAGGAGACGCUGUUGUCUCCUCGUUCUCACCUUGACUGUUUCCUCUCUCUCCUUGAAUGAAUCACUCUGUAGUUCAGACUCACUCCUCCUCCUCCUCUGAUGAAGCUGUUUUUAACUUUGAAUGAUUUUCUGAAGCUUUAGGACACGAUCACAUAAUCAAUAACCGUUAUUAUAAUAAUAGUAUCACUCAAAAGUUCUCCCUCCUCAUUGCUCCUCAGUUUUGCCGAGCCUUAUCGAUCGAUUGGGAGACUCAAAAGACCAAGUGCGAGAACAGGACCAAACAGUGCUGCUAAAGAUCAUGGAGCAAGCCGCCAGCCCGCAGGUACGAACACGCACUUCAACACGCAACACCUGCUUUUUCACAGAGGGUCACCUGAGGGGGGCGGAGUCAGACAGGACACCUUUGAUUAGAGUAACACUGAUGAGCUGGUCCAUGAAAAGUCCAGAGACCCGUGUCCACGUGUUGGUUUGUGUUUGUUUCAGUACGUGUGGGACCGGAUGCUGGGAGGCUUCAAACACAAGAACAACCGAACCAGAGAAGGAGUGUGCCUUUGUCUCAUCGCCACGCUGAACACGUGAGUCCAGACCCUCCGUCCUGUCCCAGUAACACCAGUCAGAGUGGAGGGGGAUACAUAUCAGGGGAACCAUAUUUACAACCCCGACUCCAUCCUUCCCUCUGAAUCUCUUGUCUUGUCUUUCAGAUAUGGAGCCCAAGGCCUGACCCUCAGUAAAAUCGUUCCCCACAUAUGUAACCUCUUAGGGGACCCCACGAGUCAGGUAUGUCCGGUCAGUCACUCUAUUCUCAUGCUCUAUAACUGAAUCAUGUUAACCGCCUGUAUUUUGGUCCGGGGGGUCAGCACAGCUCCUCUCCUGUGCAGCACAAAUCUGUUUUAUCGGGACUAAAGACCAAAAUCACAAACCGAGUAUCAGUUUAAAGCAUCAAAUGAGCACAGAGGAGAUUUCAGGAAGAGUGUUAAAGAGUUUCAUUCAUUCAUUUGGUGUUUGGUCGUCAGGUACGAGAUGGAGCCAUGAGCUGCCUGGUGGAGAUCUACAGACACGUGGGUGAGAGGGUGAGGAUGGAUCUCAGCAAGAAGGGCCUUCCACAGUCACGGUACGACAGACACAGAGACUCACAAACCUGUUCCAGUCUGUCUCUGCCUUUUUAUUUACUCUUAUUUAUUAUCGACUUCUGUAGUCGUAAAAACUCACCUGCACACUGUCAGCAUCAGGUGAAGGUGGUUUAAAUGGUGAGAGGAUGAGUUUUCCUCCCAUCAUAACCAGGAACAAAAAGGCAACAGGCUUCAGUCAUGGUUCUCCCCCUUGUGGCAGAAAAAGAUACUGCAGUUUCCAAUCAUCUCCUGAUUACUGAAGGACAUUUCCGCUGUUUGUCCACCUGUUUGAAGUUUUACAGUCAAAUAAAAUCAAUCCUGUUUACAUUAAAAUUAACUGUUUUCAUAAUUACUCGUUCAGCAUUAUCGUCCCUGAUCACAUGACUAUGACCACAUAUGAUGUAGAUUAAAAAAAGAGUUCCUCGGAGUCCAGAGUUCCUGAUUCUGGUCCUCUCACAACACCAACAAACAGCAAACAACCACGAGGAAAAUCAUGUACUCGCUUUAUUCGCGCGAAUCUAGACGUGUGAAUGAAUAGUAUUUACUCGCUUCAUUCACGCAUCAACGGUAAUUUCAACGGUAAUUCCUGCAAAUUCAACCGGCAGGAUCAAGUGAUAGACAAAUGUUUUUUACUAUUUUCCAGGUAAUCCCACCUCCUCACUCACUUUCCUCCAGGCGAGCUCCUUUUUACUCUACAUUUACUUAACAUGUAAUUCAGUCGCGCGAAUGAUUUUACUCGCGCUUGGUGAAUCUGUCAGAUGGAAAAAGUUGAGACAGUUUCUCUCUCUCUCUCUCUCCCUCUCUCUCUCUCCCUCUCUUUCUCUCUCUUUCUCUCUCUCUCUCUCUCUCUCCAUCCUUCUGGCCUCAGUGCCAGUUUGUCACCAGUGUGGCAGAUUUGGAUGCCGUCUAUUUUGGUCGUCUCUCUCUCUCUCUCUCUCUCCUGCUGCGUGGAGCAGAGGGAGCUCCUCAUGCUCAGGAAGUGAUGGAUGGCGCUCGCUCUCUUUAAUUACCUGCUGCUCUGUUUUCGUCUCCUGUUUGUUUAUUCUCCUUUUUUUCUCCCAUCUGUUUGCAGAUCUUUAACUCGUCUUCUUUGCUUCUCCGCUCUCACAGGUUGAAUGUAAUCUUCAGUAAAUUCGAUGAAGUCCAAAGAUCUGGGAACAUGAUCCCGUCCUCUGGCUCUGGUGAGUUUUUGUCCUCUUAUCUCCUUUUUGCUGUUUCUGCUCGUUUUAUUGACUUUGAGGCUCUUUGACCUUUUUUAUUAUCAUCACAACAACAACAACAACAACACUCAUCCCCCCUUUAAACACAUGCACUGAGGGCAGGGUGGAGAACCCUCUUAAAUGGAGUCCCUCUCCUCCUUGUUUGCGUCUUUGUUUUGGUUGUUUUGCUCCCUGCUUACAUUCGGCACAGUUGGAAAUGAGGACAGGCAGACGCUCUGUGAAGUCUUAGUGUAGAGUCGUGUAAAUGUGGGGCACUCUGUGGAUCAGGAGCAGAUUGGUGCUGCUGUGAAAUAUUCAGGACAUUCAGCUUUUCUUUCUUUGUGAAGGAAUUUGUUGUUUUUCUCUUCUCCCCUCAUUCCUGUGCAUUUCUUCUGAGUGUGCAAUCUCUCCAUUAAGCAUGUGUUCGUUUGUGUGUUUGUGUGUGUGUUUGUGGAGGGAGUGGGGUGCGGUCCAGACGGACAGCCUGGGGUUAGCAGGGAUGAGAUUUCUCCACAGGAGGUGGACGUUCAGAGGAGCUCCUCCUUCCUCAAAGACUUAGAGGAGGAAAAUCUCGCUCAGAUAGAAAAGACAAAACAAGACGAUCAGAGACAGGAUCGGUUAUUUCAUGUGCUGGUUUCUGAACCUGGUCACAGGUCUGAAUCUUGGUCCGGAUCCUGCAGCAGAUGUCUUCCCCCACUCUCUGCUCCUGUCCUCACAAUAUAGACAAAAGUCCAGGAGAACCACACAACCAAACCGGUGAAGUUUGGUCUGCACAGAGUCUUUCGGGGUCGAAGUGUGAAUCUGCACAAACAUCCUCCUAAAGUUUCCUCUCUGUGGAGGUUUUGGUUGCUGGUCCAGCUGUGACCUCUGUGCUGAAAUCGCCCUGACACCCUCACUGCUGACUCUGUCCCAUUCCAGCUGACUGCGUCCUCACAGCGUUCACAGUGUGUGUGUGUGUUUGUGUGUGUUUGUGUGUGUGUGUGUGUGGAUACAGCUGAGUCAAAGAGAACACUCGGACUGAGCUCAGCGGUUCAGAACAGGCUGCAGAAAAAACGGCUCGCUGAUAUUUCACAGGCCGAGUUCAACAGUUUAAUCCAUCCUGGUCUUCAGGAGGGUCUGCUGAACCUCUGGUGGAAGGUGGUAACAACAGAUCCACAUGCAGCGACAGUUGCAGACUGAGUUUAUCUGAUGUGACAAAGGAAGAGCAUUUAUGAUCAUUUUUCCAUGGAAAUACAAUCAGACCGAGACGCUAAGACAGAAGAACUACCGCGUCUGUAAAAUGAUUAAUAUGGUGAUUAUUACUUCAAGGAAAUAAAGAAAUGAUCGGCAGUCGAUGGACUGGCCUGAGGUCUCGCUACAAACAAGCGUCUGCUGGAAGAGAGUAGGUGAGUUGUGUUUAGUCUCUUUGCUAAAGAAAUGAGUCAAAGUUAAAAAGAUGUUUGGUGUCUAGUACUAUGGCUGUGACCCUAUAUGUCCUAACCUCAGUAGAACAUGGUGUAGUUUCGUUUAGUAACAGAACCUCAUUUGAAAAUUAGCUGAUUUAACUUUACUGUGCUCUUGUUCACAUAUACUAACUCAGCAGCACAUAAAUCUAUACCUGUUAACAAAAUCAUGAUUUUAUUGAUAAUUCGGCUUAUGUUUUGUUUUUGUGUAUUUCUAUCCUGCGGUCAUUAUUAAAGUUGGUAUAACUAGAGAAGCAAGCGGUCGGCAACAUUCAUCCCUGGAGGAGGGUCUAACUCAGUGUUAUUGUGUGUUUGACCCUAAAUUAAUUUUACGCCGGAAUAUCCAUUUAAACCCUGUGGGCUUCAUCUGGACUGUGAUACAUGUACAUCUAUACUCUAUAACUCUAUAGCAGUCCCAGAGUACAUGAAACAGUCCAGGUUUGGUCUCCUCAGUCAAAGAGAACUUCAUCCUCCUCCUCCUCCUGCGAGUUUCUGAGAGUUCAGCUGGAAAAGUACGAGGAGUUUGUUAAAAACCGGUGAGUCACUCACUGCUGCAGUUAUGGGAUAUCUGAGCAUCAUAUUCAUGUGGAUCAGCUCCUCGGAGGCUCCGCUCCUUUCUUACACUGACGCACCGAUUUUCACUGUGUGACUCGAGAUGACGUGUUAAUAUAACACCAUCCGUUAAAAUGUCUGAUGUGAACGUGGAGGGAAAUCAAUCUGCACAGCUGAUCGAGCCGAAACAACCUGAGAGAGGUCUGCAGACGACUUCAGAGAGAAGAAAAGAUAACAGUAUAUAAAACUCACGAUUCAACAGUUCUUCUGAGUAAAAUAUCCAGGAUGACAAAGAAACGUAGACGGUGGAAUAUUUGGUCUAAUUCAGAGAUCUCUCUUUAAGCUCUGCGUACAGAAAAUCAGAAUCAAACACGUUUUAUUUUUGCAAUUUUAUCGUGAAAGCGCUUGUGAAGAUGGUUGUGAUGAUUGUGCAGAUCAACAUCUCUGGUCUGAAAAGAGUGAAUCCAUCAUAUAAUAAAAUCAUAAAAAUAUCAGGUUUGUUUUCAGUUCGGUUUUAAAGUCAUUCAGAUCAGUUUCAGUCCUCAGGUCUUCAGGUCAGCUGUUCCACAGACGGGGUCGUAGUAAUAAAACGAUGUCUCAGCGUAUGUCUUAGUUUUAACUUUAAUAAUGUGAACAGAGAACUUCCUGAAGACCUGAGGACUCGACCUGACUCAGAAGAUAAAUAAGAAAGACAUGAAGAGCUUUAAAAACCAGUAAAACAACCUUGAAAAUCUGUUCUAAAAGAGACGAGGAGCCGACGCAGAGACUUUAAAAUCACUGUAAUAUGAUCUCUCUUUGUGUAAUAUGUCGUAAAUACGUGUCUGUCAUGUCAGUAUCAUGAGCAGAAAUUUUCAUCAAACAGUAAAAUUUUAUCUUUGCAGUAUUUUUAAUCGAACGUCGGCUUUAAAUGAUUAAAACAAACAGAUUUAACAGAUUUAACACCGUGUUCCCUUCUCACAUGUGAGGAUGAAAAGGGGAGGGAGUGAGAGAGAGAGAGAGAGAGAGAGAGGAGAAGAGAAGGAUAGAUUGAGUCGGGGAAAGGAAGGAGGGAGGGAGAGUAAAACAAAGCAGCCAUUUCUGAAGCAGCUCUAGGAUGUAAACAGUGGGCGAGAGAUAUAGACGAGAGAGAAGGAGAGAGAGAGAGAGAGAGAGAGAGAGAGCUGAGCAGCGUUCGCUCCUCUCUGGCUUCACUGCUGACAUCGUCUUUGCACCAUGACAGCUGGAGAAGGUAAGAGCUGUCCUUCCUCCACCAAUCCUGCAGAUUUGAAGCACACACAGAUUAUCUGUCGUCCUCAGAGCGAUGUGUGUGUGUGCGCGUGUGUUUGUUUGUGCACGUGGUGAAGAAGUGGUCCAUCAGGAGGUAAAAAUGAGGGUCUGUACUCUCUUAUGUAAUCUGGUUUUUCUGCAGUUUUUCUGGCUGAUAUCUCCACUCUGGAUCUCUCCUCCUCAAUCUUUUGGGUUAUGCAGCUGAGGUGUUUGUUUGGUUUAUCUCCACGCUGGAGAAGGAUGCACAGAUCCAAAGUUCUGAUACCUGACCUUUGGGUACAGGUGGACAGGAUCAGGGUUCCAGUUUUUAGCUGAGAGUUUCUGAUUUUUACUCUGACUUUGAAUUUACUCUGCAGCCUGAGUCAUUUUCUGAAGUAUGUAUCACUACAAAAACAUCUUAAUAUUAUUGUUAUGUCUCAGUGGACUUAAAGCUCCUGUAAAGGAUUUUUUAAUCAAUAAUAAAACCUACAAAAGUGAACAAAAAGAAAACAAACAUAGGAGCUUUAAUAUCGGUCUCAUCAUCCUGAUAAGUCUUGAAUUAAGUCUUCGUUUCCUCACUGGAAGAUUCUCUUUUUUUUUGGAGAGGUGCUGGUUCAGUUCCUGGUGCUCUUGAGGUGCCCUUGAACAAGAUACCAGACUUGGACCUCUCUCUAUCAGCGCACAAGGGCCGGAUCCUUCUGUGCACGAGUGAUCAGCCUUUAUGUAUGGAUGUAUGGAUGUAUGGAUGUGUACAAAGAGUUUCAUUUUUGCAGCGUGUGAAUAUGGAGGUUUAGUGUUUGAACUUGCAGCACAGCCUUCGUGCAUUUUUCUGCAUUAGAUUACAUUCAAGAGUUUCAUUUACAUUUAUAGGUGCGGCUCUAAAAAUGAGAAUGUGAUUUUUGUUGACCGCGCUUUAUGAUCUUUGUUUGCAAUGAUACACGUCCCAGAAUGUACACAUAGUAAAUCGGAUGAGCGCGUGUAAUCAUUGGUGAUUGUGGAAGUGUUUUUUUUCUGAAAUUAAAGCUCGGAAAACUUCGAUGAACUGUGUGCUUCAUUGAAACAGCAGCAGCCUGUCACACAAAUAUGCAGGACCUCGUCUCUGACUCUCUGCCUUAAGCAACUUUUUAAAGGUACCAGGAAAACCGCAAUACUGACAAGAAACUGGACUUUUCCACAAUAUUCUGAUGGUUUAGGAUUAGGACAGUGUAUUUUUUAUUUUUUAUGAGCUGUGAGCUUCAAGAUUCAAACAAAAACCCUUUGUGUGUGAUGGAUCUGGAAUAAAUGGAAAUUUCAUAUUUGAGAAUAAAUUACAGGAAAAUUUCACGAGAGACGAGGUGAGAAUAUCCACAUUUGAAGGAAAAGAUGAGUAUAUCAUUAAAAAGAGAGCAGAUUGAGUACAGAACAUAUUGUCCUCUAAUAAUCCAGAAUUAUAAAGAUAGAUAUACCUUUAAUUAAGAUUAAGAUAUAUGAAAUAAAGGUAUAUCAUAUCUGUAAGAACCAAAAUAUAUUUGUUUAGGAUCUGAUUUCUAUAGAUGUGUCACUGAGGGGUGUGAUUUUGGGAUGUUUGGCGGGUUAUUAUAUUGUCCUCUAUUAAUCUGGAAUUAUGAAGGCAGAGCGGUGAUUUGUGAAUCUAAGAUAACCUAACUCUGAUCUGACAGUAAAACAUCAGAGAUGACUUUUGCAGCUGCAGGUUGUAAAGAAUCUUCUGGAAAAAUGACAAAACUUGUUUCACAGUUAAGACACUCAGUCUCUGAUAAACUGCAUCUCAAAGGAAGGAGGAUUAGGUUUAUAAAUGAGAGAAAUGCCCCUUUAUUUAGGGGGUAUGUGUGUUUGUGUAGAGGACUCCCACUGGUGUUUUCUGAACCUCUCUCUCUCCCUCUUUCUCUCUCUUUAUAUAUAUAGAUACAGCAGAUUAAUGCAUAAUUCACACCGCAGCUUCAAAUACAGAAAGCAUUCAUAACUAAAGAGGACACUGCCGGCCAGCAGGCACGUCUCUAAAAGAGGAGAAACGGAGAAGAAGAGCGGAUUGUCCGAUCUGCAGCACAUCUGAAUUUCCUCAGAACCUCUUUGUAGUCUGGAAUAAUCCUGCAGGCUGUGUGUGUGUGUGUGUGUGUGUGUGUGUGUGUGUGUGUGUGUGUGUGUGUGUGUGUGUGUGUGUGUGUCUGUGGAGUGUUUGUUAAAUGAUCUUUGCAGAAUUUGCAAACACACACUCAACAUCCAGGUUAAAAGCACUUCCUGUCCGCCCCGUGUCUUUAACACACGUCCCUGGAGUUUCUUGAACCCUGAUGCGUGAGUGUGUGUUUCAUGUGUGUGCAUGAGUGUCCUCUGAAUCUGUGUUUUCUGCCUCACUCUGGUUUCGUUCCUCACACCCCAAAAAUACUCCUUUCACAUCCGAUCCCUGGGUGAAAAGAGAAGUAACGCGCUUACAGAGCUGUGAAGGUGAACGUGAGUUCCCAGGAUUAUUAGACCAUGGAGACCCUCUUCAUGCUAGUCUCAUGGAUUUGGGAUCACACACACAAGUCUCUCUGUGUCGGUGUGGGUGCCUGAGCUCAGUGUGUGCAUGCAAAUGUGUGUGUGUGUGUGUGUGUGAAAUGGUUAAUAUGAGUGGGAGCACUUCGAUCACCACACAAACACACACAGAGUGAAUACACACUGCCUUGGGAAGAGCUUAGCAGGUUGAAUUAUGUGUGUGUGUGUGUGUAUUGUGUGUGUGUGGGUGUGUUUCUGUUGCUGGAUGCUGCACGGCGUGGAGGAGGCUCCGGCUGUAAAGACAGAUCUUUGCUAUAAUUGGUUGGACUGAGACGUGUUCAGAGUUUAUUUCAGGGUGUGAAGGAUCGUCGUUUGUUCUGGUGGUGUUUUCUACAUGUAUGUUUAUGAUUUAAGGGCGGUUACUGACAAUCCUCUGCUCAGUUUUCACCGAUCUUUAGGGACUCACUGGCCGAUAAUGUCACGACUUGGAGUCAAACAAAAAGGGGAAGGACCGGAGAUGCAGAACAAAGAUUGAUUUAAUUAAAAGGAACCAAAAGAAAAGCAGCAAAAGUUACUUAGAGAGUGUCCGACUCAAAAAUCCAAAAGGGCAAAAACCAACAGACGACACUGGAGACACUGGAGAACACAGAGGUUCUGGCAUACAACGAACCGACGAAGAAACAGGGGAGACGAGGACUAUAUAUUAGGGCCCGACCAAUUUAUUGCCGAGUCGAUUAAAUCGGCCAAUUUUAGCCUAUUUGAGACUAAUCGGUAAUCGGCCAAAACUCGCCGAUAUUUUCAGAAAUAAAAUGCAGAGAAUAAGAUUCUGUUUCACUUCGAAAAUGUUCCUCUAUUUGAAAACUUCCCCGACUUAUCCUGUAGAUGGCGCAGCGACCUCAUGACAAUCUUGAAAACGCUUUUCUGGUCCGAGUUUGAUCAGUCAAUCUUCCUGUCGACGUGAAGAGCAGUAGCCUACAGUAUCCUAUAUAUUUUUUACAACUUAAUAAAAAAAAAUUUUAAAAAUCGGCCGAUUAAUCUGUAAUCGGAUUUUUUUCCUUUAAUAAUCGGUAUCGGCAUCGACCCCAAAAAAUUCAAAUCGGUCGGGCCCUAGUUUGCACGCUCCUGUAUACUCCAGGACUCCUAAAGAUCUGCUGCAAGUACCAUACUUCCUCUCAGAGAUCCAAAACAUCAUUACCCAUCAUGCACUUCCUUGUGCUUGCAGGUGUUGCAUAAUCCCAGCUGCAGGUGAACCGUGUCCCAAAUUAAUCUGCUCAUAGUUGAUGGAAAACUGGGGAGGAGCCUGAAGCUGCAGAUGUAGAUAAUCUUUGUUUGUCCGACACACUGAAGGAGUUUUCUCACUAAUAACACUGAUGGUCUGCUGAUGCUGACGGUACAAUAAGAGCUCCAACAAGUGAACAAGGGGAGUAUCAGUGCUCAUAUCUGAGGAGAGAGACACAAACUGAGAAGAAAGCAUGUUCAGAGGAGUGAAUGAGGCGUUUGUAAAAGUGUCUGAGUGAGUCUGAGGGUUACAGAGGGUCUUUGAGGAGGACUAAAACAGGGCGCUGUAGUCCAGGACCCUCUACCAGGACCCAGCCGAGAGCCGUCUCUGCAAACUGUUUCAUUGAAACCAACAGAGUUUCUUUUCAGGGGGUUAGUACGGUGGCCGAGUAACGCCACUGCUGCAAAUAAAAAAAGAAUCCCCCAAAAAAAGAAGCUACAACGAAAAAAAGAGAAACCGAAGCUCGCUGCAAAGAAAGAAAGAAACGGUGCAGAUAAAGAAAAAGCCACAACGGAAAUUAACGAUGCAAAAAAAAGUUACUUACUGCAAAAAUAAAAGGAUGCAAAUAAAAAAAGCCAUGACGGGAGUGAGCUUAAUUUUGGCAGUUAGUAGCUUUUUUUUUUCAUCGCCACUUUUUUUUGCAUCACUAACUUCCAUUGUUUUGUUUUUUUUUUAAUCUGCACCGUUUCUUUCUUUCUUUGCAUCGGUAACGUCUGUUGUGACUUCUUUUUUUUUACAUAUUUUUUUAUUUGCAGCUGUGGCAGUUCUCGGCCACCGUAGUUUAGAAAUCAGGAGGAACACAGAAAUCAAGCGGUUAGAUGUUGUUUAUCUGCAGCAACAGGAAGUUUUUCUUUGAGUUUAUAGUUUUUAAAUCCAGUAUUUUUACUCGUUUCUGUUCCUCGUGUCUGAGGCUGAUGGUCCAGUCUGAGUCGGCUCAUUGUCUGCAGGACAAACUGACAACAAUGGUGCGUUUCUGCUCUGAAUGCUCUUUCUUCUGAAUGUGUAAAUCUUUGCAGAGAUCCUUCCUCCAUUUUUCAUGUCGCUGGAUCAUCUGGUGGGAAACUCCUGUUGGUAUUUUCACACGGCUGUUUGCUGCAGAAAAAGCUGCAGACGCUCGUAUCUCGAGCAGACUCAGAGAUUGUUCUGGCUCGUGUGUGGACCGCUGAUUUGGAGUCUCAGGUUCAGUAUUUUGGUUUGGGUUCUGGAGGCCUGAAGAGAUCAGUUUUAAGUAAACGUGGUUCUAACAGAGUCUGAAGAGAGAUCCUCUGUGUUUCAGUGUUAUCAGCAGACCUGACACAUGCUUGUACACGCUCGUGUUGCUUCACCGAGGACAUCUGACUCUGGUGGAGGUUCUCGCAGCAGCAGCAGAAAGUUCUCUCCUCAGGCUCCUGAAUGUUUGACUUUGAAUCCAUAACUCACAGCCUGAAGGUGAGUUUUCUGCUCCACCGGCAGCCUCUCCGAACAAGACGUCUUUGUUGUGACAUAACUCUGAUCACCGGUCAGCUGUCUCUUAUGUAAGCCCAGAGGCUGCUGGGUAAACCGCGGCCUGUGUGAAGGACAAGAGCCUGGAGCUCGGUGGAAACCUCAUCGGUUCCCCUGAAAAAAGAGAGAGAGUAAAUAAUGAGACAGACGAAUGUUACAGUCGUAUCAGUCUGAGUGGAUCUGAGGAGUAAACGCUGACAGAGGUGAAAACGGUGACAUCGUCACACUGAGACCUUUCCUGUCUGACCUCAGCAGGACACUUUGAAACAUCUCCAUCAUCAUCCUCUGAACUCGACUCUCCUGAACGUUCCUCUUAAUCCCGCGUGCCUCUGAGCUUUUAUGCUCAUUUUUCUGAAGGGUGAAAAUCCCUCCCAUUAUGUAAACCUGUGGUCGAGGAGCAGAUUACUGCUGAGUGCUGAUGUCAGUGCAGCUUCAGCAGGUUUCAGACCUUCACUGUGUUUACGGUGCAUCAUGACACCCGGUGGACAUGGACAGUACUGCACCCUUUAUGGACCAGACCUACUACAUGCUCUGUGUGUGUUAAUUAAAAAAAAAAACACUUAAUUACAUCAAAAUACCCCUGAGUAUUAUUUCGUUUAUGUUCACUAACAUACAGGGGGCUGUUCUGGUCUAAUUUAAACACUUUUAGGUUUAAAGAUGUUGAAGAAAAGUUUGACUUGUUGGAUUUUAUGCGACCUGUGUUGGCCUGUUUGAGCUGGUUGGUUGUGUAUCUGAUAAAAGAAGAGUGAUUAUAAUCAAAAGACAUCUGUUUACUAUUUUUGCUCAGUUUGUGACUCAAUAUUCUCCUUUCUUUUCUCAUACCAUCAACAUUAGCAUAUAUAGGUCUUAAAGGGAUAUUCCGGUGUAAAAUUAAUUUAGGGUCAAACACACAGUAACACUGAGUUAGACACCACCUCCAGAGGUGAAUGUUGCCAUGGAGAAAUGAUCAUAAAUGUUCAUCCUUGAGCUGUGGCACCCCGCUGUAGUCUGUAAUGGACCGGCCUGAGGUCUCGCUACAAACAAGCGUCUGCUGGAAGAGAGUAGGUGAGUUGUGUUUAGUCUCUUUGCUAAAGAAAUGAGUCAAAGUUAAAAAGAUGUUUGGUGUCUAGUACUAUGGCUGUGACCCUAUAUGUACUAACCUCAGUAGAACAUGGUGUAGUUCCGUUUAGUAACAGAACCUCAUUGGAAAACUAGCUGAUUUAACUUUACUGUGCUCUUGUUCAAAUAUAUUAACUCGACAGCACAUAUAUCCAUACCUGUUAACAAAAUCAUGAUUUUAUUGAUAAUUCGGCUCAAUAAAAACACCUUUACCUUUUCAUUUUAACUACAGUAGAAGUUUCUUGGCCCAGCUUAUAGACUACAGAGGUGGAGAAACGCCCCCACUUAUGUUUAUGUUUUCUUAGGAGUUAGAACAACUCUGAAUAAAGUACUAUGUCUGUGACCCUAUAUGUCCUGUUGAUGAAGUUAGGUGCUGUUCUGAGCAUUAUUUGUGGCUAUAAAGUUGGUAUAACUAGAGAAACAAGCGGUCAACAACUUUCAUCUCUUGAGGGCGGGUCUAACUCGGUGUUAUGGUGUGUUUGACUCUAAACUAGUUUUACCCCGGAAUAUCCCUUUAAUCAGUGGAGCAGCCUCAGCUUUAAGGGACAGCUGAGACUCUGGUGCAGGCUAUAACCUGGAGUAUAAAUCUGGUGACCUCAGCUCCUCUCACAGAUAACUGCUGUGUUUGUUUCAGUGUCUGAAUCAUUCCUCACCUGUUGCUCUAAUUGUUCUCCUGACACGGUGAUACAUCACUCUGAUAUCUGUGUCGGUGCGAACAGGCGUGUGAUCGAUCCUCUGUGAGUGUUGUCGUUUGUUCAGGUGUUAGUCGUCAUGUAGAGGAGCCGAUCCUGGAGCAGGUUGAGCUCAUAUUUCCUGUUUGCAGAGGUUCGUUUCAGCUGAAUCACGUUCUUUGUGAUGCUGUUUGAUUCAGAGGGAGGAGGUGAUGACUCGACUUUUAAUUGGUAAACAGGCACAGAAGUUCACGAACCUGAAUUUAAAGGUUUAAACCACGAAAUAAGACGUCAUAGUAGGGCUGUAAAGUCCUAGUCGACUUAUUGGUCACUGAAGCCGCUCCGAGAACAGCGCCCUCUGGUGACGGGCUGCAGUAUAGGUCAUAGGUAAUAUAGGUAAACCCCGCCUCCUUAUGGAGCUGUGGACAAACUUUAUAAAUGAAUGACACAGAAUAUAAAUGUUUCUCCCCCCUGGUUGUGAUGUUGACAUGUAGUUACUGUCAGACUGGUUUGUGCUCAAGUCCUCUUUUUUCUGUACAGCUCCAUUUUUAAAAGUUAUUAGGGGGUUCAUGUUUUCUAUGAUUGACACCUGAAACAGCCUAUGGGAGGACAGGGAUUGCGUAGCUCUCCCACUGAACGGCUAUUAGACGUCUAGUUUUUUUUUACCUAAUUUCCACCGUCUAGAUUCUUUAUAUUUUCAGACGGAAUUUAGACGUUGCACUUUAACCGAUUAUUCGAAAACUAUUUAUUUCAAAAAGUAACUGUGAGUUUCACAACUGAUCUCCAAGUAUUUAACCAGAAUAACUAUGAUAACUGUUGAGCAAUAUACAGUUAGAUCUCUGUUGGCCAGCGAGUCAAAACUUGGUCUAAAUUUAGACGUCUAAAAAACGGUCAUUUUUAGACCUGUGGUAGUCUGAUUUUAGACCAGUCGUUUCAGUUGAUUAAAAUGUGAAAACGAAUCUCUUUCAGGCCCAGAUUGUUUGUAAUGUGUAAAUGUGUGUUUAAUUAUUAUACUCAGGAAGUUACAGGGUUAAAACUGUCACGUACUGUUGGGGUAAUUUUGGCGCUGUGGGCAGGUGUUAAAUCCUGCAGGGAAACAGGUGAACUCACUUUAAUUUUAACAAUUAUUGUCUGCAGCUCAAACAAGCAAAAACAAAAACCUCACCGACACUUUGGUUUGCAUUUAAUUAAUCCAGAAAAAUCACUUUUUCAGUUUUUUUUGACUAAAAUAUUGAAAAUAUUGAUGUUUUUGUUAAAGUUUACUGAGCUGCACCUGUAUGACAAACAGCUACACUCAAAAUAAACAACAAUAAACUCAGAAUAAAUAAAUUAAAGUUGUUUUUAGCCGACACCAGCUCUGCUCUUAAACACAGAUGUGAUGAUGGUGGUUCAGAAAGACCUCCUCUGAGUGUCGAAACACAGUCUGAGCUCACAACAAUAGACCCCUCCCUCUUUUCACCACCGGAGUCUCUACGGUCUGUGAGCAUCACACACACACACACAUGCACACACACACACACACACACACACACCAGUGAACUCUGGGAGGAACGCUUAAAGGAUGGUUCGUCUGGCACUUUGUCAGAGCUCAUCGUGCUCCAGAGGCACACACACACACACUCUCUCUCACACACACUCACACACACACACACUCUCUCUCUCUCUCUCUCUCUCUCUCACACACACUCUCUCUCUCUCACACACACACCUCCUGUCGGCAGAGAUGUGAAGCGAGCGAGUGUGUCGGAGGGUGCAGCUGAGACAUGCUGAGGAAGCUGGUGUGCAAGAAAAUCUGCGCUCGUAAGCUCGACGCCUUUUCUGUCUGUUUCCUCCUCAGCUCGGUUUGUUCUGGUGUUUCCUCGUUUUUCAUCCUCGCCUCGUUUUCUCCCCUCUCUCUCUCUCUCUCUCUCUCUCUCGGUCUCUCUCUCUGUCUCUGUCUCUCUCUCUCUCUCUCUCUCUCUCUCUCUAACCUGUUGCCUUUUGUCCUCGUUCGUCGCUCCUCUUCCCUUCAUCACUUCACCUCUCUGAUGUCUGCAGUGUCGUGUUCGUGUGUCUGAUGAAUGUCCGGAUGUUUGAUAUCUCUGUAAAUACUCCAGGUGAAGGUUUUCACUCUAAAACUGGGCGUUUCUGGAAGUCGAGCAGUGUCACAUGUUUUUAUUAUAAAUCCUUUUCUCAAAGAGACUCAAAGUGCUCUGAAGAAAGGAAAGGUAAAAAAAAAAGUAUUGAUUUGUGAGUCUUAUCGUAUCGAUCAGUUCUCGCCCUGCUGACUGAUAUGAACCUCCUAAUUUGGCUUUUAUAGAUCUGCAGGUGUACAUUUAUAUCUGAUGUGUUCAUGUGUUCAUGCUGCGUUCUUCAGUCCAAAAGCAUGUGUUGUACUUUUAUUUAACAUGAUAUUUAAAUCCAGCCGACUGUGGAUGAUUUUUCCACAUACAACAUGUAGGGCUGGGCGAUAAAACGAUAAUGAUUUAUAUCGAAAAAUUUAUUUCCCUCAAUAUCGAUAUAAAACAUGAUCAAUAUGCUUUUCGAUUGUCAUCAUUCUGUCAUGUUUUGGCAGGCGAUUAUUGUGUUGGAAAAGACACGAGACCAAUAAACACUGUUAGAUUUCAUUUUUAUAUCCUGAUAUUGAUCGAUAUCGACUGAUAUGAAAAAAUAUAUUGUGAUAAACUUUUGUCCAUAUCUCCCAGCCCUACAGACGUGAGUUUAAAGAUUAACGGUCGUGUCUCCUCUGUGGUCGGUGAAAUCCUCCAAAGUUACAUUUAUUUUCUCUUCAGUUUCUGUUGAGUCUGUUAGACGUGAACCAGGUCCUUAAACUUCAGCGUUUCCAGUUGGAUGAAGAGUUGGUUUGCUCCUCCUCCUCCUCCUCCUCCUCCUCCUCUCUUCUCUCACAGAAACAGCGUCCAUACUAACACUAACAUAGAGGGUUAGAUUAACAUGUUCCUGUUUCUCGAUAACAGAAAACGACCCCUCAGCUGCAGAAACUCCCGUUAUUGCCUUUCCUCAGCUGACCGUAGACUCUGAGCUCGUCCGUCAUACCCGCCCCGGGCUAAUCCUCGGUGUGAGUGGUCACGUUGUGCAGGUGACAGCGUGCGUGUGUGUGUGUGUGUGUGUGUGUGUGUGUGUGUGUGUGUGUGUGUUUGUACAUCCAUGCACGGCUGCUGAAGCAGAUUAAAGUCAAACGGACGGAUAGAUAGAGGCUGAGUGGAAACCUCCACAGGAGCUGAGACUCUGCAGCUGAGGUCGUACGAUGCAGAGAUGACUCAGAUAAAGAGAAGAAGAAGAGGAUGAUGAUGAUGAUGAUGGUGAUGAUGAUGAUGAUGCACUCAGAGGAGUGACGUGUCCGAUAAUGAUUUAUUGAUCCUUACAGGAAGUUCCUCUCUCACACAGUCAUCGGUUAAAUGUGACGCUCUUCAUCAGCUGAUCGUCUCCUUCUGUCCCUCCAGAUAAGAACUUUGAGGAUGAAGACUCUGUGGACGGAGGCAGGUCCUCCUCCUCUUCUUCAUCCAAAGCGCCCCCCAGUGGCAGGAGGACUGUGAUGAGCUCUGUGAGGAGACCCAGCUCGGCCACCUCAGCCAAAGCUUCAGGUGAGGAGGGGGCGGGGCUAAGAGCACUCUAACAGGAAGUUAGAUACCUGUCGUGUCUAACAGGAAGUGUCUGUGUCUCAGGUAAAGAAGCAGCUGCCGGGGCCGUCGAUGAAGAGGAUUUCAUCAAAGCCUUUGAGGACGUCCCCUCAGUGCAGGUGAGCUCAGCAGAGAUUCAUGAGGGUUAGCUGGGCGGAGUUAAAGUCGGCGUCAGAAAAACGAGGACCAGAGGGAGACGAUAAAAACGUCUCUUGAUCUAAAACCACGGAGCAGAUUAAAUAAUCCUGCUUUCUAAUCCGGAGUUUUCUGUCAUGAGGAGCUCAGAGGUCUGAACCCCAUAUUUUAUAUCACAGUGCUAUGAACUAUGGGUAAUUUUCUCAUGUUAAAUGUGCCGCUCCAAAGGCCUGUCUGUAAACAGCUCUGACUGUUCUCCUAACAUCAUCAUCAUCAUCAUCUUUCUCCUGUCUCUGCGCUCCAGAUCUACUCCAACAGAGAGUUAGAGGACCAGCUGACCAAGGUCAGAGAAGUUCUGUCUGAUGACAAACACGACUGGGAGCACCGAGUCGUAGCGGUAAGAGCCUCAAACACAGGAACACGCUCAGACAUGGAGCUGAACUUUGAUCUGAAACCUUUGGUGUCCUCCUCUGUCCGUUUGUCUGUCUGUCUGUCUGUCUGUCUGUCUGUCUGUCUGUCUGUGUCUGUGUCUGUGUCUGUGGGGUUCUCCUCAGCUGAAGAAGGUCCGCUCCCUCAUGCUGGCUGGAGCAGCAGAGUACGAGGGUUUCCCUCAGCAGCUGCGUCUGCUGGAGGCGUCUCUGAAGCUGUCGGCCAAAGACCUGCGCUCACAGGUGGUCCGAGAGGCCUGCAUCACUCUGGGGUAAGAUCCUCAGUCAGGAGGUUCAGUUUACAGCGAAGACACAGAGAUGGCGCUGUAAAACGGCGUUUGAAAGUGUGUUUUUGUGCCAGAUUCAGUUUUCAUCCACGGAUCAGCAGCAGCUCUGACUGACAGCACUGACAUUAACUUUACUUUACACCUACUUAAGCUAAUGAAUACGAGCCGCGCUGGUGUAUGAAAGCUGCAGCACGGUCUCCACCCAAAAACAUCCGUCAUCCUGAUCUUAAUGCCGCCCUGAUGAGGUGGAACAGAGCGGAGACGCUCUCAGAGAGCCGCGGGUUGAUGAAUGGACCGGGAUCACGGCGACUUUCACAAACACGAUUUCACAAGAGUGGAGACAUGGACAUGACGGGGACUCUGAUGAUCCCCAGACCAUCAGGGAUCCUGGAUCUGGACUAGGGGCUGAGAACAAGCCGGGUGGACCCUCUACUCUUUAGAGAAGGUCAAAUUUUGAUGGAUCAGACCUCAGGACAGUUCUCCUUAACCCUUUAGUUCCUGUUCAUCUUCAGCUCCAUCCAGACGACUUUGUACCCAAAACAGACAUGCAGAUAAAUGUUCAUAAAAUCAUCAUUUUUAAACAUUUUUACUUACUUUUUUCGACUCAUAUCUCUUAAAAUACUUUGACCCUGAUCAUUGAGAAAAUAAUAAAAAUAAGAACUCUCGUCAUAUUUGAUGCCCCAAUCUUUAAACAUGUGACUGUCAGCUCAAAAUAAAGAUGAAAAAAAAGACAAAUGUCCUCAAAAUGGAGAGAGGAGGAACCGAGGGUUAAACGGACUCAGGUCCAGACAAGUCUCUAGUGGAUCCCUUCUCUGUCUGGUCUCCUCUUUCCUGGUUCAGUCUAAACCUCAUUAGAUGAUGCAGUGGUGAUUUCCACUCCAGAGUCCUGUCUGUUUUUACUGCUGAAGAUCACAGGAAGUCCUCAAACCUCCUCCUCUCUUCCUCUCUCCUUCUCUCUCUCGCAGACAUUUGUCGUUUUUGCUGGGAAACAAGUUCGACCACGGGGCGGAGAGCGUCAUGCCCACUCUGCUGAACCUGGUGCCCAACAGCGCCAAAGUCAUGGCCACGUCUGGGACGGCCGUCAUCCGCCUCAUCCUCCGGGUAAAACAUCCAAAGAGAAGAAUGAUUGACUUCUAAAAACAUCAUUCUGCUCUAAUGUUUAAACAUUUAUGUGUGUUUUUUUUUCAGCACACACACUAUCCUCGCCUCAUCCCCAUCAUCACCAGUAACUGCACCUCCAAGUCAGUCGCUGUCAGACGGUAAGUGAGCGAGGAUGCUGUCCGGAUGUUUUAUGUUCUUGACUUGCAGCAAAAUACUGGAUCAGUUCAGAACUUUGUGGCCCCUGAAACACGUGCUCCACUUUUCCCUCUUUUCCAGACGCUGUUACGAGUUCCUGGAUCUGAUGUUACAGGAGUGGCACACGAACACGCUGGAAAGGUGAGUUUGAUUAAAGCGUUAAAGCUGCGGCGGCGUCCUUUAAACUCCAGAGAAGUGUUGAAGAAGUUGACAUGGUCUACACGGAUAAAGUGGUUUAAUGUAUGUGGAUGGCAUUUGGGUCGGCUGGGCGCACAGCUGAUGAGCCCCAUUAAAUUGAUGAGUCCUGGGAAGUUUAUCUCCAUCCCCGUAACCAUGACAACAGCAUCAGCAGCAGGGAGUUUAAAGAGCGCGUGUUAAACUCUGUUGGCGGACACUUCACCUGUGGACCACGAGGAGAACGAAACCGGAGGAAGAUUUUCUCUCUUUGUGUGUUCGAGUUUUUAAAGUCCAGACUCGCUGUGACUCUGCGUUUGGUUUUUGUGGUUGUUGAUUCGUCAAUCGUUGGUCCCUCUCCUCUCACCAUGUUCCCGUACUAUCCCAGACACGUGGCUGUUCUGACCGAGACCAUCAAGAAAGGCAUACACGACGCAGACUCAGAGGCCAGGUCCAUCGCCAGAAAGUAAGUGUCCCUCUUAUUCGUCAGAUUUCUGUAAACAAAUAUGAAAGUCAUGAAUCUGUAACUCUGAAAUUUGAAGUUUAGAGACAAAUCUUUGAGUUUAAAGCAUUAAAUCAGGUUAACACCACCUUUAAAAAGCAGAUAUUAUAUUUUAACUCAGCAUGUUGGACUGAUGGUCGUUUUAAAUGCUGUUGAGUUUGUAUUUUUUAGAUUUUUAGAUUUCUGUAAACUUAAGUAUUUAUUGAAUAUUUCUGUUUUUUGAUAUUUCUGCUUGUUAAACUCUCAGAUAGUGGGUCGUGUGAGUGGAAGGAAAAAAUCUUAAACAAAGUGUGAAUUCUCAAAAAUGAGGAGAACAUUUAUUUAUUUAUUUUUUCAAUAUUUUUUUAUUUUAUCUUUUUAACAUGAAUAAACAACAAAAAAAACUUCCCCAACCCUGGCAGAAAGACAAAAAAAGAAAAAUAUACAAAAUCAUAUAGAUAACAAUACAAUUGUAAAAUUGUAAGCAGACCUCAGCAGUGUAUAGCCACAGCACAGACAAUAAAACUAAUGAAGUAAAACAAACAAACAAACAAAAAAAAAUAAAAAAUAAAUAAAUAAUUAAAAAAAAUAAUAAUAAAUAAUAAAAAAAUAAAAUAAAAAAUAAAUAAAUAAAAAAUAAAAAAAUAGAAAUAAAUAAAAAAUGAGGAGAACAUUUAUUCGGCGUAAUCAAAAUAAUAAAUUUAAUUAUAAUAUAAAUUUUAUUUAUUAUGCACUUUUACAGGCGCUCAAAGAUGCCUUACAGAAAAUUUUGAGAAAUAAAACUAAUGAUGUAAAAGGUUAAAAAAGACACAAUAACAGAGCAGUUCACAGGUUAAAAGCCAUUUUAAAAAGGUGUGUUUUUAAGAGUGUGGGGGUCAGUACAGUCUUGGAUGGGUUUGGGGAGUGAAUUCCAGAGGGUGGGGGGCGGGAACAGAAAAGGCUCUGCCCCCCCCAAGUUUGGUGCUUUGACAAAAAAUGUCAAAUUAAUAAAUACUUUGCAAAAACGUCCCCUGCAGAGGAAGAAAACAUGAGAAUUGGUCCAACAAACUGUCUCUCCUCACAGCCGCACGUCACCCAGACUGCAGAAUUCACUCAGCUCAGAUACUCUGUUACCUGCAGCUUUAAUCACAGCCUCACAGGAGCCAGGUGUGUCCGCUCGCACCUGCAGACACUCCAAGUGAGAGAAACUGCAGCAACAACAAAAACAGAAAACAGAAAAAACAGAAGUCCCCCAAAGAAAAAAAAACUACACACAGGUUGUGCAUCCAGAGCUAAAAACCUCAAAUACACUUUUACAGUGAGAUGUAAACAUCAUAUGUUUUUAAUGUUUGCUUCAAAACGAUACUGCUCGGGUGCGAGAGGAAUGUUCACCUUCCUUUAACCUUAAUAAUAAUUAAUUAAACUCUAUAACACUUCUGUUUCCAACUUUAUCAUGUUUAUAACUCUGUGGAUUUCUUAUUUCUUUGUUUUUGAUGUUUUGUUUUUAUUUCUUCUCUUUAUUACUUCAGUUCUAGAAAAUAACGUCAUAUCCAUUCUGGUGCAAAUAACUGUAAAAACUCUAAAAAUGGUGAAAAUGUUCAUUUCUCUGCUCCCUCCUCUCACUUAGAUUGAUCUACGGUCUGAUUGUUGACCCCUAACCCCGUCCUAACCUCCUCUUCUUCCCUCGCCCUCUGCUGCAGGUGUUACUGGGGUUUCCAUGGUCACUACAGCCGGGAGGCGGAGCAUCUUUUCCAGGCGCUGGAGUCCACCUAUCAGAAGGCGCUCCAGUCUCACCUGAAGAGCUCUGACAGCAUCGUGUCUCUUCCUCAGUCCGACCGCUCGUCCUCCUCGUCUCAGGAGAGUCUGAAGUGAGAACCAGAGAGAGACGUCUGAUGUCUCCUCCUCCUCCUCUCUCUCUUUCUCCCCCUCUACCUCUCUCUCUCUCUCCCCCUCUCUAAUUGAUUGGUUGAAGCCUCUAAUGCAUCGCCUCUCUUAACCAUGAUAGUCAAAUCCUUGGUAAUUACGAUCAGACGUGCACAGACGCACGCUCUCAAAUACACACUGCAGAUCGAUGAGCGUCAUUUACCCAGUUUAUAGAUUCCCAGUGGAGCAUGCUGGGUAAUGACCUCAGACUCCAUCCAUCAGGAGAGUCGUGGAGUUCUUCAGGCUGCUCCUAAACUGAUCCUGUCUGUGUUCGGUUGUUUUGGGAGAAUCGGCUGAAAUGACGGCGCUCAGUUUGGGUCAUAAAGUUGUUUUGUUGUAAAAAACAGGAAAAGUUCAGGUUGGCGUGAAGAACUUUUAAAUCAGAUCCUCAGACGUUUGUGUCAGACCUUCCUCUCGGGGUUUCUGCAUCUUUUAAAAAUCUUUUUAACUCUGAUUCUGUUUUUUCUUCCACAGUCGGCCGUUGUCCGUGAAGAGCGUCAUCGGAGGGAGCAUAACGAGAAGUGAGACGCCGUCCUCUCUUCAUGAAGUUUGAUGAGUCCAAACUUUAAAAAAGUGUCCUAACAGAUCAGACGGCGUUCAAACAUGUCCUCACACAUGUUUCUGUUGUGUUCAGGUAAACUGGUGAGCACCAGGACGCCCACCACGCCCGGUUCUCUGCAGCGUUCCCGCAGCGACAUCGAUGUGAACGCCGCCUCCAGCGCCAAGUCUCGUCUGUCCACCGUCCCCGCCUCCUCGCCGUUCAGCUCAGCGGCCGCCCUGCCCCCGGGGUCCUACGCCUCAUUAGGUAACCCAUCAGUCAUCCCUCUUGAUCCGCACGCGCUCCAAACCUUCAUGUUCCAGUUUAUUUGAUCUUACUCUGUGUUUGGCCCCGCCCUCUUCCUCCUGAGCUCCUCCUUAAACGCCCUCAUCAUCGCCGUUAUGGUGUUAGUUUAAAAGGAGAAGAUCAGCUGGAGCUCCUCCUCCUCUCCAUCACCAUGAAGAAUCGACCCUCUCCUCCUCCGUUUCUCGUUAACGCUCCUGUUAUUAAUGGGCGGUCCCGUCUCAAUCCCACUCUGACAUUUUGAAAAUCCGAGCGUCCUCCAAAUGUCACCGACUGAUAUCUCCUCCUGCUGAGCUGGUUACCGUGGUUACUAACGAUGAUUAAACCCCUCUGCUCACCCUCUCACUCCUGCUUUAACUGUAACUAACCUCUCGCUCUACACCUCUCCUCCCACCUGCUGCUGCUCCACCUUUCUUUUCCGCCCUAAAGAUGGCGCUCCUGGUAAAAGCGAUGGUAAGGACUGCGUGUGUGUGUGAGUUUGUGUGUGUGUGUUUGUGUGUGUGUUUUAGAGGGCAGUGGUAUGAGUGUGUGUCCUGUCAGCUGUCAUCAGCUCCACAUUAACCCCCUCUGUCUCUCCAUCCGUGCGCUCUCUCUCUCUCCCUCUCUCCACCCCUGGGUGGUGCUCAGAUCUGUGGACCUCUGCAUGGACUGUCUGCAUGGACCUCCUGACUGUAACCCUAACACUUGUUUCCAUCUCUCUGUUUCUAACACAGAAAUCUACUCUGGCAUCUCUGUCCCACCGUCCUGGUGUCGUGUUCGUCUGUAGAGACUGUCUUUGUCUUUUAAAGAUGCUGUUGGAUUUCUGCUGCUUAAAGGUGGAGUAGUCAGGAUCUGAGGAAGUUUCAGUUUUAGGAGAAAUCUCAAACAGCCGCUCCUGCUCGCUCGUAUCGUUCCAGUUAAAUUCAGAUAUAAUGCAGAUAAAUACUUCAGAUCAUUACAAAUGGGGCCCAGUCAAGGUGAAAGUCAAAAGCAUUGGUGCUACUGUAGAUGCCAACAGACUACCAGCAAACACAAUGUUUGCAGGACUUCUACAACGAGGAUAAAGUGACAUAGUCCAGGACCCGAGGGAGGACAGUUUAGCGAUGGCGCUACAACACGCUACAGCAGGUCCGUUUGACAAGAAACACUUCUGUUACAGACACUUGUCUUACUUUGUUAAAGCGGUUUACCUGUCCAGCAGAAAGGUUACAGGGUCACCAAGAUCCCCAAGCGUCCCCCAUGGUUUAUGUUGACCCGGCUUUUUAGCUCUUGUCCGCUCUACCUCCGUUUUAAGCGCCCGUUAUUCCUCCAGAGUCUCCGGUAUUUACUUUGUUUUCUUGCUUGUGUCGGCAGUCGUGGCCAAAGGAGGAUUCAGACAAUUUUCCGAACUUUCUGGUCGGUUUCUACUGUCCGAUAUUGUAGCACGCUAACUUUGUUUGGGCUCCUGAACGACACGGGGGAGCAGCGUCUGCCUCACAACCAAUCAGGUUAGAGGAGGUGAUAUCCUUAUAUUACCAAAUAAUCUAUAACUAAUAACUAUUGACUGAUAUUAAAAGAUUUUUUGUAAAUACACCACAAAAUAAAGAUGCUUCCUAAACAGAUUCCUGCCUACUCCACCUUUAAACUCUGAAGUUCUACCCAAACUAUAACAUGAAUUUUUCAUGUGGAGUUUCCUCAGUGAAGACUAGAACCGCUCUGGUGUGUUUUCAUGUGCAGAAAAGUGAAUUAAACUCUUUUAUAAUUCUUGUUUUUCAGUGCAUAAUUAAGUUGAGUCCAAAGACACCACACUUUCACUGGAUAAUCUGCACAUUAGUCCGUCUGGUGUCUCUGUAGUGCAGAGCUGACCUCUGUGCCUUCACUGAGUCUGUCUGCACAUGCUCUUACACUAAAACAAGACUAUCUUUGUUAGAAGAGGAGGUACAUAAGGACACAGCUCAUUAGUGCUGUAUGAAAACUAUCACAGUGUUAGUUCAUUUAAACUCUCUUCCACCUUUAUGUUUCCUGACAAAUCAAACCUGACAUUCAGCUCUUAACCCUUCCUUUCUUCGAUCAUUACUCACACUUGCAUGCGGACGUCUGAGUCAAAGCUAAAAAGCAGGUGGACUUGUUGAGCUUUAAACACCUGAACCCGGUCCCGGGCUCAUAAUUCUGGGGUAACCUCACUGAAUGUCAGUUUUCAUGUUAGGAGGAUUUGCAAACACUCCCAGGGUUUCUGUCUCCUCAUCCAGGUCCUCCUCAUGUCCAGUCUUCCUCCUCCAGGUUUACGAUCACUUUUAUGAAUAUCUCAGGUGGAUUAAACUCUGUCGUCCCUCCUCUCUCUCUCUCUCUCUCUCUCUCUCUCUCUCUCUCUCUCUCUCUCUCUCUCUCUCUCUCUCUCUCUCUUCACCCCUCCCUCGCAGGUCGAGUUCGCACCAGGAGACAAAGCUCGGGCAGCGUGGGCGGGGCCAGCUCCUCGGUGGUGGACAGCAGAGGGCGCAGUCGAGCCAAAGUGGUCUCCCAGUCCCAGCGUAUGUACAAACAUCGCUCACCUGUUCUCCCAGGUCACAUGAUCUGGCGCUCACGUCUGUUCCUCUCAUUUUGACCUCAGCUGUUUUCAUCCUGACAAAAAAACUCAAAUCUGACCUGUUGGUGACGAUUUGACGACGUGCAUGCAGAGAGUGUGUGUGAGUGUGUGUGUGUGUGUGUGUGUGUUUAAAGUAGACGUGUGUGUGUGUGUUUGAAUCUUUAUACUCUGGAUACCUGUCGCUGAUCCAGAGUGCAUGCUGGGUAAAUUCAGGAAGCCCUUCUGUCUCAUUUUGACUGUUCUCCAUCCUAUCCUGCCUCUUGCUUCCAUCACCCAGGAUCCAGAUCAGCCAAUCCCAUCAGUGGUAAGGCCUCAGCUUCAUCCAAUCACAAGACAACAGGUGCCCGACCUUUAAGCACCGCCCCUUUUGUAGCGCACAGAUCUCUGCACGCCGUCACAUCCUUGUAGUUUUUUUUUUUUUUUUUUGUGGCAGCAUGCUCCUCCCACCUCCUCCUCCUCUGCGUUUGUUUCAGUUCCCUCCACAGUUUGGUGACGGAGACGUGAACCGUCGGUCGGUGUUGAUUUGUCCUCUGGUUUGACUUCACUGUGGUGUUUGUCUGAUCUGUGAUUGGUCAGUCAGUCGGUCAGCUGAUCCAUCCCUCCUUUGAGUUUAUUCAGACAGAAUAUUGACUCGAUUUCAGCUUCAAAUUAAAGACUCUCUUACGUUUGCACCGUCCCCACAUCAUCAGGUCUUCUGGAUUUGACUCAGUUCAGCAUGUUUUCUAAAGCUGCACCUCCUCCUCCCAGAAUCCUCUUCUCUUCUCCGACUCUCUGAACUUAGUCUGACCCUUGUGCAUGUUUGUGUUUCUGUCUCUCUGCUUCCUCUCUCCACAGCCGGCAGUCGCUCCAGCUCUCCGGGAAAGUUGCUCGGCCACAGCAGUUAUGGACGGAUCCCCCGCGCCACCGUGUCGGCCUCCAGCACCCCGGCAGACAAGCGCAGCAGGAUCCCCCGGAGUCAGGGCUGCAGCCGGGAGACCAGCCCCAGCCGACUGGGCCUGGGUAAGACCGGGAGUCCUGCACACACUUUUACACACACGAGGGGAUCUCUCUGAGGGUCUGACACCGUGAGCUCCAGACUGCACCCUUACGUGUCUGUGACAAAUAUGUGGUACUUUCUGUUCUCUGCAGGUCAACCUUUGAAUCCGAUAACAUGGAGCAUCGCAGAUUUAUGAAAUACAGAGCUGGGUCUUAUAUAAAGCUGCAGAUUUGGUCUUUAGGGGAGACCAGGACUUGUUGUCACAUUGCAAUUAUCUUCUCCACCAGAGGGCGCAACUAAAAAGUGGAAUACUAGUUUUCUUCCUUUACAUGGUCAGGGGUCGUGUCCUGUCUGAGAGGAGAACAUCGUGAGCCGAGAUGAACGCCAAUUAACCAUUUCACACAACCCAAAGUAAAAAAAUUAACUUUAUAUAUUUUAAAAUAAUCUUCUUCCAGAUAAAAAUCUUAGCAGUGAAACAUGUGGACUUGUUAGAGGAGCGAUUAAGACAUCCUGUCAUGGAUCAGUCAUUCUUCUGUUUUAAUCUAACUUUAAUUUGGUGUAUUUGGUCUUUAGUCUGGUUCACAUUUUGUUUAUAUCUGAUGGAUUGGUUCAAAGAAAUAUAUGAGAGUGCGAAAAGUGUGACAACAAGCCCCGGUCUCCCCUACUCUAAGAGUUCUGCAGUGUUUCUCUGCUGAACUCAAACCAGUGUUUCCAGUAUUCCCAUGUCUGCUGUCCUUUUAAACUGGUUUCCAUUAUGGACCUCUGUUGUGGUUUUGGAUCUCUGCCCUCCUCGGUUUCUCCUGACGUGUCGAUUUUGUUUUCUAAAGAUCCAAACACGGCGCCGGUUUUUGUCAUUAUGAGGUUUCACCUUUAAUUCAUCAGUUUCUGUGUGAGGCGCUGACCCGUCUCACGUCUCUCCACGCUCUGAGCCCACGUGUGUCCCUGAUAGGUGACCUAUUACAUGUGGACAAAGGCGAAACCAUCACAGCCGGACCUUCAGUAUCUGGACUUCCUGAUAGGACGAUAAACUUCUGUGACUGUUUUCCACAUUUUCUGCUCACAGAAACGUCGUUUUUAUUGUCCCUCACAGAGAGGUGUGUCUUAUUUUGACACUGAUGGCGAGAUAAGAGCGAUAACCUCGUCUGUUGUUAUCUCCUCACCCUGAUAAGACCUUCACGCUCUCAGCUCGAGUCGCUCUCUCUCUAACCUGUACUAGCUGUUUGCUGUGUGACCCACUCACUCUCUCGCCCAGCUCUCCUCCUCCCUUCUCUCUCUUUUCUGCACUUUCUCUUUCCCUCGUGUUUCCUCUUUAUCUCUUCUUCCUCUCUUUCGACUGCAGACUCUUUAUUCUGUUAUUUUGGUGCGAUGCGGGGUUACGACUAAAGACACCGAGGCCACACUUUGCAGUUUAAGAAAAAGUGAUGCAAGAUAACAACUUUGUUUAAUCGAAGCGGUUCGGUCUGCUUUCGUACCUGUGUUACUCUUUUUUUAAUUACCAUAAUUACGUUGUUUGAUGUUACUCUUUCCCGAGAAACAGAUAAGAAAAAAUUGUACAAAUUUCAAUCAAAUCAAUAACUUUAUUUUCCCCCGAUGGGGCAAUUGGUUGUGCAACAAGGGAGCAUAAAAACACUAAACACUUCAGCACAAAAAGCAGCGACCUUUUCCUAUAUGAAGAUGAUUUUGAUAUUAAACAAACCAACAAAUCCGCCACACUACGGUUCACUUUGAGUGUUAGUUAUUUAUGUACGCACUUAUUUACUUUUUUUAAACAUUUUCCUUUCUCUUUUUUUUUUCCCCCUAAAUUUAAGUGUUUGACUGAAUAUGAUUUAUGUUUAUUGAUGAAAAUAAAACUAAAUAUUAUGUUAAAAAAAACAAAAAAGUUUGAGGAGCGCGGUUUCGUGUUCGAGGUCGUAAAACUUUUUUAUUACAAACAAAAUCUCAUCAGCUCGUCUGCAGGACUUCUUCUUCUUCUACUCCUCUGUUUCCUCCUAUCACCCCCCCACCCCCUCGUCUCUCACCCCUGCCCCCCCCAUGAAUGCACACUGACACCCCCCACCUAACUUGUUGUCCUGACAGCCAGCCUGAAAGCUCUUCUUCCUGCUGCUCUUCCCUACCGCACGCUAGCCCGGAGCCGCAUCCCCCGCCCCAGCAUGAGUCAGGGCUGCAGUCGUGACACCAGUCGCGAGAGCAGCCGCGACACCAGCCCCGCUCGGGGCUUCGCUCCUCUGGGUGAGUACGCCAGGACCAGGGACCGCCUCUCUGAGUCCAAAUCGGACCGUCUUUUUUUCUUUUUUUCUUUUUUUUUAUGGUGGUCCGUGGUGGGUCUUCUGGUCGAUCUUCUGCCUGUGCAUGCUCUUACUGUGAAACAACUUUAUUCUUCUCUUUUAUUUUGAAAUGAUGGUGUCAACCAGGAAGUGACUUUUUCUUCCGUUUUCAGCUCAAAGUUCUUCGAUUAAAAAAAAAAUCAAGAUUUAAACAGAAGUUAGCGAACAGAAGAAUUAAAGGGAUAUUCCAGCGUAAAUUUAAUUCAGGGUCAAACAGACAGUAACACCGAGUUAGACCCCCCCUCCAGUGAUGAAUGUUGCCGACUGCUUGCUUCUCUAGUUAUACCAACUUUAGUAACGACAGAGAGCCACGCGCUCAACCAAAACGCCACUCUAUAGCCACAAAUAAUGCUCAGAACAGCACCUAACUUCAUCAACAGGACAUAUAGGGUCACAGACAUAGUACUAGACGCACAAGGAAAUGUUCUUCCUUGAGCUGCGGCACCCCGCUGUAGUCCAUAAUGGACUGGCCUGAGGUCUCGCUACAAACAAGCGGCUGCUGGAAGAGAGUAGGUGAGUUGUGUUUAGUCUCUUUGCUAAAGAAAUGAGUCAAAGUUAAAAAGAUGUUUGGUGUCUAGUACUAUGUCUGUGACCCUAUAUGUACUAACCUCAGUAGAUCAUGGUGUAGAUCCGUUUAGUAACAGAACCUCAUUGGAAAAUUAGCUGAUUUAACUUUACUGUGCUCUUGUUCACAUAUACAAACUCGACAGCACAUAAAUCCAUACCUGUUAACAAAAUCAUGAUUUUAUUGAUAAUUCGGCUCAAUAAAAACACCUUUACCUUUUCAUUUUAACUACAGUAGAAGUUUAUUGGCCCAGCUUAUAGACUACAGAGGUGGAGAAACGCCCCCGCUUAAGUUUAUGUUUCUUAGGAGUUAGAACAACUCUGAAUAUAGUACUAUGUCUGUGACCCUAUAUGUCCUGUUGAUGAAGUUAGGUGUUGUUCUGAGCAUUAUUUGUGGCUAUAGAGUGGCGUUUUGGUUGAGGGCGUGGCUCUCUGUAUUACUAUCCUGCGGUCGUUACUAAAGUUGGUAUAACUAGAGAAGCAAGCGGUCGACAACAUUCAUCUCUGGAGGGGGGGUCUAACUCUGUGUUACGGUGUGUUUGACCCUGAAUUAAUUUUACACCGGAAUAACUUGUUAAGAUAUUAAGAUUUAUAAACUUUAAAUUCAGGGCAAACACGGUGAGACUCUACGAGGAAAUGGUGAUGAUGAAACCAGAACAGUAUCAGUUUGUUGUCUCUGAGUCCGUCUGAAGGUCUGAUUGUUCUCCUGAACCAAAACCAGAACCUUUAAGAUCCUUUUUAACCCUUAAUUAUCAGAAAACUCUGCUCCUUAUAAUCGAAGCUGCACACCGAGACAGGAAACAGCUGUGAAGUGAAAACAAACACGAGUGUUUCAGCGUCUGAAUGUGUCUAACCUGAGUCUGACCUCAGAGGUCACAGCGGCGGUCACUAACCCCCCCCUCCCGUCUGGAUGUCACCCACCUCUCCUGUCCCUGCAGCCUCCCGACGUCACUCCCGUUCAACCAGCGCUCUCUCCACAGCCGACCCCCACGGCCAGUCAGGUGACCUGCAUGCCCCGAAAACACCGAUCCUCUGAGUCCCUCUUAGUCCCCCAUUUGUCCUCCUCAGAUCCGGCAUGCUUCAGUCAUAGUUCAGGUUUUUGUUUCAUGUUUGAUUCAGUGUUUCAGGAGGACAGGUAAGAGGUCUUGGUUCAGUUUUCCUCAUCUGCCUGUCCAUCCAUCACCGUUCAGUGCCUUAGUCAGACUCUUCAGUGUCGCCUGGGUUGGCGUCACUCAGUGCAGCUUUAAUUUUGAUUUCUGCAGCUUUUGAACUCUGUGCCUUUUUGUUUUAUGAACGUGGGUUUGUCUCUGUGGUCCAUCCUUGGUGCUCUGUAGUUUCAUCUCUGCCUGCUCCUGCUCCUGGUCUUGGUCAUCCUCUUUUCGGUGUUUCAUUUUGUUUCAUGUCGCUCUCGGUGGUCGGAUAAUUGAGGAUAACCCUCUCUCAGUUUCAUGUAUAAAUAAGUCCGCUGUGGUUUCAACUAUAAAGCUUUCUUUGCUUUUGUCGGAGAGGUAAGUGACGGCGGCCCUGUUUCCUUUAUUAGAAAUCCUCACUCACUGUCUUUCUCGCCUUUUUUCUCGCAGAUCGAUACGGUUUGAUUCACCAAGCAAGAAUCUCCGCUUCAGUCAACGCCAUGAGGGUCCUCAACACCGGCACCGAGGUGGAGGCCGCCGUGGCGGACGCUCUGGUAGGUAGACGUGACGAAUGAGAGGAGACGUAUGAAAGAAUGGAGGUGGUGAAAAAAUCUUAAAAACUGCCUUUUUCAAUAACACUUUACAAAAACCAUAAUUAUGAAAGGUAAAUAGAUAGUUAAAGUUUAUGAAUUUAAGUUAAUAGUUACUUAAUCAUUAACAAGUAAUGAAAUUAUUUAUAAUUUUCAUUAAUUAUCAAUGGACUGCUUAAUUAUAGAGUUUAAAUAUUGGUUGUAAAACAUCUGGAUUAAAUUAUGUGUCAGCAGCACUUUGUAAAUGUUAAUAUUUGGUUUUUAAACCACCUAUAAACUUAGAUGGUUAUUGUAAAGUUUGGGUUAGGUUUUUAAAAUUGUAAAAUUUACAGUUUAUUAAUAGUGUAUUAUAAAUGAUGAUUAAACAUUAAUAAACUAUCUGCUCACCAUUUAUUAAUGGUCUGUUUACCGUUUAUAAGUUAUGGUUAUUGUAAAGUGUUACCUCUUUUUUCAAGUCUGGGAUCAUAUUUGGAUGAACGAGUGGAGCUGGAGUCAGAACCAGAACUCCUUCCUUUUUAAAGAAGCAGAACCUGAAGGUCCAGUCUGGGUCGGCAGAGUCAGGACUUGCUCAGAUGUUCUGGAGUGAAAAUAAUAAUAAUGAUGGGACAGCUGCAGCACCUUCAAGGUUACAUCAUGGCAGCCUCAGAGCUUUAACUGCGUUACCUGUCGGCGUGACCUUUAGUGACCCCAAAGACACUUCGGACCGUAAACUCGUCAGGGAAUAAUUAACAGAGCUAAUAAAACAGGUGAGGAGGAAGGUCACCUCCUAUCUGCUCUCAUCGAUCCCAUAGGCUGAGUAAAGUGGGCGUCGUCUCAGCGAUGUCACCCAUUGGUUAAAGGCCAGUGAUGGUGGGCGCCGUGUUGGAAAUGACACAGAGCUGAGGGGGACUUUUAGCACUCUGGAAAAACACCACGGUGCGUCCCACCUGUCUGUCAAAUUGGCUCCUCCCCCUGAUAAAGCCUGACUUUCUAACAUGAGACCCAAUAGGGAAUCUCGGCUUUAUAACCAGCCUCUAGUGGACACUCAGGGAACUGCAAGUCAUUGUUUCCUGGAGUGACUUGAAUCAGUUUUCAGUGAGUAAACCACCUGGUAUAAUCAGGUGUGUUUUUAAUGGCCCCCUACUGGCCACUUUUGUGCACUGCAGGUUCAAGGCUCAUUGAGUUAAGUAACGUAACUUUUGCUUAUCACCUCCUCCUCCAAAAACUGCAUAAAUGAGUAAAACUCUCAGAUUCAGGAUGAGAAGUUUCUCUUUACAGUUUAUUACUAACUAAAAAAAAACUAACAAAAUUACCGUAUUUUUUGCACUAUAAAGCACUCCAGAUUAUAAAGUGCAUUAAGCCAAACAAAGUACAAAAGGCGCACUGAGGAUUUUUGAGAAAAUUGAAGGAUUUUAAAUGCGUCUUAUUAUGCGAAAAAUAUGGUAACUAAUAAAACUUAGUGUUUUGAAGCGGGCUGUAAUCAUGAGGAGUUUUGUGCAAAUGUAAAUUUUCAUUAUGGGACAGCCAACCUCUAGUGGACACCGAAGGAACUGCAGCUUUUGUCCUCCUGUAGCUGAAUUGUAUAAUCGUCCAGUGCUGGAGUUAUUCAGCCCUCUGGCCCCCUGCUGGUGUUUAGAAGGACUGCAGGUUCACGGCUCUCUGGUAACUGAACCACCUCUUUCUCCAAAGCUCCACUUGUCCCUCCAAAGAUGUUGUUCCUGCUGAAGGAAACCGUUAAGUUUGAGUGUUACUGAGCUGUAGAUGUGUCUGUGUGACUGUGUCUGUGGUUUUGUCCUCUCUGACUCACCUAGAAGGACUGAGCCUGUUCUUUGUCCCUCCUUUAAACCUGCCCUCUCUCCUCUUUCCUCUCCUCUUGGUUGUUCGUUGCCCUCUCAGCUGUUAGGAGACUCCAGGAAUAAGGUAGUUGGUCAUUUUACCUUUGUUUGUGCACCCAUGAUGUCGGCCCAUGAUGUCUCCUCCACUCCCACCUGUUUCCAGAUUCACGUCUCUAUACUUUGAUUUUCAUUUUGCUUUGAAUGUCCGUUUAUUGCAUCCUGGUUUUGGCUUCGUUCAGCGUCCCCAUCGUGACCUGAUGUCUUGAAUCUCAUGGUUUAUUAUCCACAUCUUUAAUUUCAUUAUCAUGAGCGUAUACUCUCAUGUGUCCCCACUGCACUGCAUUUGUAAUCCAGACUUUUGCUUCCCCCGGCUCUGCUUUUCCUGCUUCAGAUGUUUAUUGAAGACCAAAAAGAGAUGAUCAUUUAUCUGUUUUUCUGUUUUAGUUUAAAUUUAAUAUUUUGUAACUGUUGCAGCGCAGCAGCCAGGUUACAAACAUGAACUUCUUUGUAGAGAGGGAAGCUUUGAUUUCACGUACUCCUGCAGAGAACUGCAUGGCUACUCGGCGCAACCUGCGACCCUCUUCCUGUCAGACUCCGACCUUCUGGCUGCCUUUAUUCGCCCGAGCGCAUCUGGACCAGUAUCCUGUCUCAAACGUCUUCUUUCUCCUACAGAGGAAGCCGCUGAGGCGGCGGUAUGAGUCCCCGGGGAUGUACUCUGAUGACGACGCCAACAGUGACGCGUCCAGCGCCUGCUCUGAGCGCUCGUACGGCUCCAGGAACGGAGGCAUCCCUCAUUACCUCCGACAGACAGAGGAUGUGGCGGAGAUCCUGAACCACUGCGCCAGCUCAAACUGGUCUGAGAGGAAGGAGGGUCUGCUGGGUCUGCAGAACCUCCUCAAGAGCCAAAGAAUACUGAGGUAGGAUUGGUCAGACUUCGACCCGUGGUUCGGUCACAGAUAGAGUUGUGUCGUUCAUGAACGAAUGAAAUCACUCCAAGUGUCCGUGGAGAUUCUCGUUCAUCCAGGUCGUGGUUUUUCUUAAAAUCUCUGAAAUCCGGCAAGUGGACAUUUUAAUCUUAUCCAAGACGCUUCUUCACUUCAGCUCUUUUUGGAGAUUUCAAGAAAAAUCUCUCCAAGAAUACUCUGGAGUGUCGGUCGGGAGAAGAACUGCCGCCUUUGACUUUUUGGCGAACGACAAACAGCCAGCAAGCGAGCGGGAUGAUACAUGAACGACAAGUAUCAGUCAGACUGUGAACGAAACGAACGAUUUCUGAAUGACUUAAGGUAGGCAGAGGAGGGAGGGGUGUAGCGUCGUUCACUUCCUGCCGAGCAGCGAUUGGUUGACUGAGGCUGAGAUCAAACAGGUCAUUAUGGCGCCUUCACAUUAAAACACGUGUUUAAACUUUCGUGUACAAAGAUUUAGUUUCAGACGAUUUAAAGAAAUACGAUAUUUGAUAUCUUUAAAAGGAUCUGAAUCCUCGCUACAGCUGACAUCUUUAUUUAUUUUUAAUCUCGCCACUUUCCCGACAUAUAAAAUAACGACGACUCACGCUCGUUUAGCGGCGUGCUGCUCGCUGCUGUGUUGUUUCCGCUGACGGCGACACACGGAGAGGUGAGUUUUUCAGGACAGGGGAGUGAUUCUUCCUUCAGGACUUGGCGAAUGAACGACAUGAGUCACCCAGUGAACGACGCUGUGACUUCAGCAGCAACAAAUCGUUUUAAUGAACGGAUUCUAAAGAUUCAGUUCAGUCAGAAGAACGGAUCUUCCAUCUCUAGUCACAGGGAGAACUUUUUAAGGUUAAGUGGAGAAGUGGAGAUGGUGAAACUUCUCUAGACCCAGAUCCAGAUCAUGGAGCUCUGCAGAGUCUGAAGACGGAGGUUUCAUUUCUGUUUCUGUUUUCUGCAGCCGAGUGGAGCUGAAGAGACUCUGUGAGAUCUUCACCAGGAUGUUUGCAGACCCACACAGUAAGGUGAGGAGGACUAACAGAACCUAACAAACACACACACACACACACGACCUCCACCGUGUUAGAGCUCAGUCUGCGCUCACUAACAGAGUGUCUCUUUUGCAUGUUCUGCUGCCUGCUGUGGAUCUAACAUCAGAGAGUAAGUCUGAUUCCAUCGUUCUGACCUGAUAUGGAGAUCAUUAAAAUAAUAACACAGAGAUUUAAAAGGUGUAAACCUGUCCUCACCUGUCCUCACCUGUCCUCACCUGUCCUCAGGUGUUCAGCAUGUUUCUGGAGACCCUGGUGGACUUUGUGACGGUGCACAGGGAGGACCUGCAGGACUGGCUCUUCGUCCUGCUCACUCAGCUGCUGAAGAAGAUGGGGGCAGACCUGCUGGGCUCGGUCCAGGCCAAAGUCCAGAAGGCUCUGGACAUCACCAGGUGUGAAUUAAAGACCGACAGAGGUCACAGAUAGAUAGAUAGAUAGAUAGAUAGAUAGAUAGAUAGAUAGAUAGAUAGAUAGAUAGAUAGAUAGAUAGAUAGAUAGAUAGAUAGAUAGAUAGAUAGAUAGAUAGAUAGAUAGAUAGAUAGAUAGAUAGAUUGAUUGAUUGGUAGAUAGAUAGAUAGAUUUUCAUGUUGACCAUCAUCUCUUCUUCUUCCUCGUCUCUGUCAGGGAGUCUUUCCCGUUCGACCAGCAGUUCAACAUCCUGAUGAGGUUCAUCGUGGAUCAGACUCAGACCCCGAACCUGAAGGUGAAGUCCGCUCACGUCUGUAGGGUUAGAAGAUGAUGUCAUGGCGACUCUGUGGGACACGUUUUUGAAGGUUUGUUCUCCUCUCAGGUCAAAGUGGCGAUCCUGAAGUACAUCGAGUGUCUCGCUCGGCAGAUGGACCCGACGGAUUUCGUGAACUCGAGCGAGACCCGCCUGGCCGUGUCUCGGAUCAUCACCUGGACGACCGAGCCCAAAAGUUCCGAUGUCAGGAAGGUAGGCGACUUUUUAACCGUGAAGAACUCUUUCUACCUGAGACGUGAGAUUCAUUACCGCCGUUUUAAUCCGGAUCAUUACCAGAGAAACAGCUGACCUUUGACCCCGUCUGAACUCUGUAAGAGUUUCUCAGGCGCUCCAGUUUGUUUGAAGGUCAUCCCGUUUUCUAUUUUGUCUUUGUUGAACACAUGAACACACAAAAAAUUAUAUUAACAUUAUGAGCAUAAAAUAAAGCCCCAAGAAGUUUAAUAUAUUAACACAAGACAAAGAAAAAACAUACUUCCUUGUGUUUUAAUUUGAAAGACUUUGAAUCAACUUAAGACAUAAAAAACCAAACGUACUUUCUGUAUAUUUGCUUUUAUUUUGAAAGGCUUCAAACUUCUGGUCUGCUCAGUGGCGGUCUGCAGCUGGACCCCUCUCAAACAUAGAGAGAUGUUAAUCCUGACUGUCAGACUGUCAGACUGAGCUUGAAACUUCAUCAGAUGAUGAUUCUGGUCUCGGUCCUUUGGUGUUUGGUUAACAGCUGUUGUAAACUUGGAUCAUCUGGCUGCAGUGGCGGCCAGCGGCGGGUCAACGUCCCAUUAUCUUCUCCCUGUCUGAUCCACGUCAGAUGUUCUCCUCUCUGUUUGUUUUUCCAUCACUGUCGGCUGAAAAUAAACGGCUCUAUACUCAGGUCAUUAAUUCAGAAUUAAGAAGUCACUGAUCAGACCUUUAAAGGAGUUUGUAAAUGUUAAUAAAAUCAUAAUUAACACAUUAUUAUUAUUAUAACAAUAAACAAUAAUAAUAAAAAUAUAAUAAUAAAAAAUAUUAAUAAUAAUAAUAGUUAUGAUAAUAAUAAUAAUAAUAAUAAUAAUAAAUAUUAUUAUUUUUAUUGUUAUUAAUAUUAUUAUAUAUAUAUUAUAUAUAUUAUUAUAUAUAAUAAUAAUAACUAUUAUUAGUAUUGUUAUUAUGAUAUUACAUAUAUUAUUAUAUAAAUAUAAUAAUAAUAAUAAUAAUAAUAAUAAUAAUAAUUAUUAUUAUUAUUAUCAUUAUUAUUAUUAUUAUUAUUAUUAUUAAUAUUAAUAUUAUUAUAAAUAUUACAUUUAUUAUUAUUAGUAGUAGUAUUAUUAUUGUUAUUAAUAUUAUUAUAUAUAUUACAUAUAUUAUUAUAUAAAUAUUAUUAUUAUUAUUAUUAAUUAUAAUAAAUAUAUUAAUUAUAAUAUAAUAAUUAUAAUAAUAAAUUCCUUAUCAUAAGCUGUGGAUGUGGGUUCAAGUCAGACUGGAACAACACUGACAAAUGGUCGGGGGGUAAUAAAGCGUCUGAAAUCUUGUCCAUGUAAAAUCUGUGGGGGGGUUCUGAAGCUCAGGCUGCUCUCUCUAAGUGCUGUAACCCCGCCCCCUCUGCCCUGCCAUGUACCCCAGACCCUUCAUAACUGGGUGAGCGAGGAGCUGGCGGGCAGGUCCAGCUCUGCAGCCUUACUGUCAGCCGCUGAGGGUAACCACGAAGACAGGUGUAAGCAGGUAUAGAGCCCGCCCCUAAAGCACGCCAUGCCCCGCCUGCCUGGAGUCUAACCGCCACCCUGGAGAGAGAGAAAGCUCCCCUCUCCAAUAACCUGUAGUCGGCCUCUGCAUCGCUCUCACUCAGCUUGUUCUGCACUCUGAGGGGAAAGUUCAGGAUUUGUCAGGAUGAGCGGGUUUGCUUGUUGUUUGGUCUGAGCUGAUGAUGCCUUUUUGUGUCUAACAUGUUUGUUGGUCUGACUCUCAUUAACACCCUCUCAUCCACCUGCAUGUUAACUCUCUCUUUUCCAUCGAACCCUCGGAUAGAAACAGACACUGACAGUCUGUGAUUCUGAACCUUUCCCAUCGAUCAAUCAUUUGACCUCAUCUUUGAUCAGACCGCACAGAAAGUCAGUUUAAAGGUGUGUUAGUCAGGAUCUGAGGAAGUGCCAGUUUUUAGGAGAAAUCUCAGCUCCUCCUCUCUGCUCCAGCAAGCCCGGCCCACAAACAGACGCUCCUGCUCGCUCGUAUCGUUCCAAUUAAAUUCAGAUAUAAUGCAGAUAAAUACUUCAGAUAAUUACAAAUGGGGCCCAGUCAAGGUGAAAGUCAAAAGCAUUGGUGCUACUGUAGAUGCCAACAGACUACCAGCAAACACAAUGUUUGCAGGACUUCUACAACUAGGAUAAAGUGACAUAGUCCAGGACCCGAGGGAGGACAGUUUAGCAAUGGCGCUACAACACGCUACAGCAGGUCCGUUUGACAAGAAACACUUCUGUUACAGACACUUGUCUUACUUUGUUAAAGCGGUUUACCUGUCCAGCAGAAAGGACUUUGAAUUCAGAGUCAUUUUAAUCACAUGAAAGCAGAAACAGUUUUUACCGUCAUGAUGAGCUCUAUAAAUAAAGACCCCAUCAGCUGGUACCGAACCACGACAGCGAACUUUCUCUCUUUCUCUCUCUCUCUCUCUCUCUCUCUCUCUCUCGCUCUCUCUUCAGGUUUGAUCUUUACUCACCUGCAUGAAGAAACAAAUUUGUACUUUGAAACAGUUUUUACUUUGACCGGUUCUCGUCUGAAUGCAGCUUUGAAGACUCACCUCUGAACCGGUUCUUCCUGCAGGCUCAUGCAUCAUCUGCUCUUCUGCACCGUGGAGAUGAAAAGCUGCUUCUCUUGGUUUCAGAGUUUUUUGAGUUUGCAGUAAAGUAGUCCUCCUCUCUGAAACCAGGAGAACCCUCUGAGUUUGUUCUCCUCCAUCCUAACCCCUCCUGUUGUCCCACCUCCAGGCGGCGCAGGUGGUUCUGAUCGCUCUGUUCGAGCUCAACACCCCGGAGUUCACCAUGCUGCUGGGAGCUCUGCCCAAAACCUUCCAGGACGGGGCGACCAAACUUCUACACAACCACCUGAAGAACUCCAGCAACACCAGCAGCAGCAGCGUGGUGAGUCCCAGGAAACAGGAACAAACCUGCCAAUCUGUCAAAUCUGUCGAGGUUUCAUCACUGUUCCCUCGCCUUCCAGGGGUCGCCUAGCAACACCAUCGGCCGGACGCCUUCACGCCACACCCCCAGCAGAACCAGCCCCCUCACCUCCCCGACAAACUGCUCCCACGGAGGUCUAUCCCCGAGGUAGGGCUCAGUCCGUCUGUGACCAGAACUUUUUCUUGGACCUGUUUCUAGGGAUGGGAAUUGAUAAGAUUUUAUCAAUAUCGAUGCCGUAAUCGAUUCUGCUGAUCGAUUCAAUUCUUUAACGAUUCCCUUAUCAAUGCUUUUCUUUGAUUUAAAAAAAGUAGACUAUUUUUCACCAUUAAAUCUUAAUUUUAUUGAGUCUCUGAUAAAAAAACGUCUAAAAAUAUAAAAAUGUCUGGCAUACAUUGUGCUCAUGUUAACACAGGAAUUGCGUUAGGGUGACCAUUUUCAGAAUCCCCAAAAAGAGGGCGGACUUGUGCGUGAAAUUGUGAUUUUUUUUUGGUCAGGUCGUGUGUUUUUAUGCGCUUCUAACUCAGUCAAACGCAUAUUAUUCUGAAUUCCCAAAGACAGUGCAUGUGUGUGUGUGUCGCGUCAGUGGCUCUGCUUAGAAGUGAGUGGAGGGGCGGAGCUGCAGAGAGGACUGAUCCUCUGCACUGUUUAUAAUGAAAGAGGACAUGUCCAGGUAAAAGAGGACGUAUGGUCACCCUAACACUCGUACCUCAACAUAGAUGGAGCCGCAGCGGCUGACGUUCUCACUGAUGUUCAUGUCUAAAGUCAGAGAUAAAAAUCCAGACAGGUGGUCUCUCACUGAGCCGCUCUCUCAGCUGAGUCACUGUGCAUGAGUCCAGUCUGCAGACAGGCACAGACCCACAAACAGAGCGUGGAGUAAGGCUGCACGAUAUUAGAAAAAACUAACAUCGCCAUUUUUCCAAACCUGCGAUAUUUAUUGCGAUAUCUAAAAAUCGAGGAAUUUUCAGCAGAUGAUCUGAAUCUGACUUCCUGCUGAAAUCUUGAGGACAGUUAACCUGCUCUGAUCUUCUGUCUUCUGUCUGUCUCAGAGAUAUUUUUAGUUUUUAUUGGUCUGGGACGUUACCAUGAAACAGAUGAACACAGAACACGUGUUUUAGUCGACAUCAUCCUUCUUAUAACCGAAAUAAUUCCAGAUAACUGACUUUCCUUUUCUUUUUACCAACAAGUCUUCAUCUUCGGCGGUUUUCUCUUGUUCGUUGCUCAUUUUUGCGAUCGCUCAAACGAUAUAUGGUGCAGCCCUACCAUGGAGCUCUGAGUCUUUAGACUGUCAGAGAGACCUGAAGUCUGCUUUGUGGGUCUCUGUGAUCCUGGAUAUUAACACUUUCCCUGAACCUUGAAGCUCAGACUCUUUUUCUCUUUUUCUCUUUCUGCACCUUUUUUUUCUUUUCAUCCUCUCCUCCUCCUCUUCCUCCUCCUCCUCCUCUGCUCGCCACUCCUCCUCGGUUUCUUUCCCCUCUCUCUCUCUUGUCUGUCCAUCCUUCACUCCUCCCGGCUGCGCUGUGGAAACAGUCGGCUGUGGGGUUGGGGUGUCGACGGACUUUCAAAGCACCCCCCUGCCCCUCCUCCUCCUCCUCAGCCCCACUCCGCCCCUGCUGCCCCCUCCUUAAGGGUCCUCCGCAGAGCAUACUCACCCAGGUAAAGAGGCGGGCUGAGACACAAACCGGAUCCUUUUCUUGAUCCAGAUCCAUGUUUGAAGUAGUCUUGUCCCUCACUUUCUCUCCUGGUGCCUUUAAAACAAAACGUCACCCUGAUUGAAACUGAGGAGAACUUACUAACCUGCUCGUGUCUUUGCAUGGUGACCUGACAAACUCAUCCGAACCGCUCUGGACCGGCCGCUCACUGAAACCCUGUGUGUCUGUGUUUGUGUGUCUGCCAGCAUGAUGGAGUACGACACGGAGAACAUGAACUCUGAGGAGAUCUACAGCUCGCUGCGGGGCGUCACAGAGGCCAUCCAGAGCUUCAGCUACAGGAGUCAGGAGGACCUGAACGAGCCCGUCAGACAGGAGGGCAAGAGGGACGACGCGGUGAGUCGCAAAACCUCUUCAAGAAGAUUUUUUCAACGUUUCUCUUCUUCUGCUCUUCAAACCGGAUGUUAGCGACGUUUUUCUGAGGACCUUUUCACGUCCGAGCUAAACGUUUGAAAGUUCAACGUCUGCAAGUUCAAAGAAGUACACGACUUUAACGUACAGAUGUUUUAAUGGAUGUUAUUUAAUGUGGAGUCUGUGGGAGAUAAAACUUUAGUGCAGAGGAAAGUUUUUAUUAAUAAAAUCUGAAAAACCUGAUUUUAAAAACAUUUUUAAGAACCAAAGAAAAAAACAAAAACUAGAUUUUCAACAAUGUUUUUAUAAAUAUGAAGUUUGACAAAAACAAAUGACAAUCAAGAAAUCUAUAUCCCUUUAAAAAUUAAAACUACCGUGUACAAAAAUAAAGGAAAAAAAAACAAAAACUGAAAAACUUUAAAUCCAAAAAAAUGAGAAAAAAUAAUGAUUAUCAAAAAUUUCAUCAACAAAAACUUCAAAGUAAAAAAUGUUUGAAUCAACAAAAACAAAUGACAAUCAAGAAAUGUACGUCCCUUUAAAAAAAUUAAACUACCAUGUACAAAAAUAAACAAAGAAUAAAAACUUUAAACCCACAAAAAAAUUUAAAAACUGAUUUUCAAAAAUUUUUUUAAUCAACCAAGAAAAACAAGAAAAUAAAAACUUUUAUAGAAACAACUUUCUCUAAAACGGUUGACAGAGGAGAAACAUUAAAAAAUAAAUCCUCAAAAAUAUUUUUUAUGAACAGAAACACCAAAAACUUAAACGUCUUUAUUAACAAAAACAAAAUAAAUAAAAGUUAUAAAGUCAAAAACAUGAGUUGAAAAAAAUUUUCAUUACAAAAACAAAAAAAACAGAUUUUCAAAAAUAUUUUCAUGAACAGAAACUCACAAAAAGUUUUUGAAUUUCAAAGUUUUGCAGAAAGAAGGAGGAUAAAUAACUUUAUUGAGUUUACGAAAAACAAACUAAAAUGGAUCUGAUUUUAAAUUUGUCUGUAAAUCCACCCAGCCGACUUCUGAAAAUUUGAAUUUUCAUAAACUUUUAUAAACUAAAAAAUCGGCUCUAACAGAAUAUUUCAAAGUGAACGGAUUAUAACGAAAAUGUAAACUCACGAUCAGGUUUCCUAAACGAUCAGUCAGACUUGUGUUUAUUAAAUUCAGUUUAUUAUCAUUUUUAACUCUCAUGUGGACUUUAACUCUGUCCGAGACGAAACCGAGAUCUCUGUCGAUGUCAAACUGUUCGCCAUCCUCUCCUCCAUUUCUGUCUCACAGGCGGGGAGAGAAGGCGUGGCGUCCUCACCCGGCUCUGACGCCCGUCUGGGCCUGGAUGUGGUGGAAGGAGGUCGAACCGCCUUAGACAACAAGACCUCCCUCCUCAACACGCCAUCGCCCCGCUCCUUCUGCGGCCCGCGGAGCCGAGAGUUUGCGCCGUACGGCUACGGCGAAACCAUCUGCACGUAUGACAAGAGCGCCCUGAAGGAGGCGGUGUUCGACGACGACGUGGAGCAGUUCAGAGACUGUGAGUUCAUGUGCUGACGAUCAGCUGACAUGUCAAAGUAACAGUGAGAGGGAGAACGGGUGUGUCAGUGGUUACCUGUGUGGAGCUCCGCCUCCACCAGGUGUGUGUGUGUGUGUGUGUGUGUAGAUCAUGAUUGUGUCACUCGUUGUCGUCAUCACAUCCUCUCUGCUCUACACCCUCCUGUCUCCCCUCUGUCCUUCACCUCCCCACCUCCACCUCCAUCCCUCCUCCUCCUCCUCCUCCUCUUCCUCCUCUUCCUCUUCCCCCGCCUCCUCCUCCUCUUCCUCCUCCUCCUCCUCCAGGCCGACGUCAGGAGAGCGGUGAAAACAAGAUGAUGCUCCCCAAGGUCUUUGGUCCCGCUAAAGGUGCCUCUCCUCCGCUCCUUGUCUCCUCUCCUGCACAUUCACCCUCUCACCUUUUCUGUGUUUGCAUUUUUCACUCACAUCUCCUGAUACCCAAUCACCAUCUCUGAACUCUGCUAACUCCUCCCACUUCCUGUUUUCUCCAAGUCCAACCUGUUCCUGCCUCCGCUGCAGGUUUUCCUGAUACUUUAGAAUCUUUUACCGAAACUCUAACUGCUGAUCUCAAAGCGUCUUUUAUUUCCAUAGAAAUAAAAUCCAAUAUUCAUCAAACUUAGAGGAGCAGCAGAUCAAAUUAUUUAUUUAUCUGAUUCCCAGCAUGACGGGAACAUCCUGCACUCCUGAACCUGUUUCACGGUCUUAAUCCCUGACCUUGAACCCUGCUGCAAACUGAUUAUAACUGAGACCGGUUUGAGGAUCCUGUUCACACUGUAAACCAGUUUAACUCCUGGAUCCUGCUGAGUGUGAAUUCUGAGUCGGUUCUGUUGGGUCUCAGAUUGUCGUGUAACUUUCUCCUCUCGUCGAUCAGUCGGUCAGGACCACUCAGACAUGGUGGCGGACCUGCUCAAGGAGCUGUCCAAUCACAACGAGCGUUCUGAGGAGCGUAAAGGCGCCCUGGUGGAGCUGCUGAAGAUCACGCGAGAAGACAGCAUGGCCGUGUGGGACGAACACUUCAAGACCAUCCUGCUCCUCCUGCUGGAGACUCUGGGGGACAAAGACGUAGGUUACCUGAUGGACAGGUGUGCAUGUCGCUCCUCGCUGAGCUGCUUUAUUCGAGCGCGCUAACUUCCUGUGUCCCUCAGCACACCAUCCGAGCUCUGGCCCUGCGAGUCCUGAAGGAGAUCCUGAGGAACCAGCCGGCCCGCUUCAAAAACUACGCCGAGCUGACCAUCAUGAAGACCCUGGAGGCCCACAAGGACUCUCACAAGGAGGUACGGGUUCUUUUUCUAUUUCUUUAUUCAUCACGGAUUAAAAACAGAGCAAGGAGGGAACGAAGCUGAUUGGCUGAGACAGAGAUCCGCUUCCGUCAGGGCAGAGACGGCGUAGAAGGUGCAAACAACAAAUGAGGACAAACAGGGUUGGACGAUGAAACUUUUUUGUGCGUUCAGGUGGUGCGUGCAGCAGAGGAGGCGGCGUCCACGCUGGCCGGCUCCAUCCACCCCGAGCAGUGCAUCAAGGUUCUGUGUCCGAUCGUGCAGACGGCCGACUACCCCAUCAACCUGGCCGCUAUCAAGAUGCAGACCAAAGUCAUCGAACGCAUCGCCAAGGACUCCUUGCUGCAGCUGCUGCCCGACAUCAUCCCGGGACUCCUGCAGGUCUGAGUCCGCUGAAGUUCUGCUGAAGUUCUGCUGAGGUUCUGGUGUUGGUCUGGGUUAGGGUUAAUCUUCAUGGUUUGAAGGUCGGAUUAAAUAACAGAGGAGCCGCCGGGGUUGUCGGGGACGUUCAGAGCAGAAACUUCCUCUUUGCUCCACUUUGCUUAUUUGGACAAUGUUCAUAUUUGGACACUGGUAAUUAUUUGCCUUAUUUGUCCCUGGAGAUUUUUUUUGGGGGGGGGUGAGGAGAAAAGAGAGAGUCCUGAGCAUGAGCGUGGAGUUAAUGUUUCAGAGUAUUGAUCAGAAUCCUGCGUCUGUGCUCGUCUCUGCAGAGAGUUUAAUCGAAAAGUAAAACUACCGUCAGAAAUCUGUCGCUCACUUUUAUAAAACACUUUGAUCUUCUGAUUCUUACUCUGAAUUUUUAAAGUUAAAAACUGUUUCCUGCAUCCAAACCUCUGAACUCUGCAGGUCAUAGUCCAGACUUUAAAGGGAUAUUCAGGCAUAAAAUUAAUUUAGGGUCAAACACACACAGUGACACCGAGUUAGACCCCCCCUCCAGAGAUGAAUGUUGUCGACCGCUUACUUCUCUAGUUAUACCAACUUUAGUAACGACCGCAGGAUAGCAAUACAGAGAGCCACGCCCUCAACCAAAACGCCACUCUAUAGCCACAAAUAAUGCUCAGAACAGCACCUAACUUCAUCAACAGGACAUAUAGGGUCACAGACAUAGUACUAGACACCAAACAUCUUUUUAACUUUGACUCAUUUCUUUAGCAAAGAGACUAAACACAACUCACCUACUCUCUUCCAGCAGCCGCUUGUUUGUAGUGAGACCUCAGGCCAGUCCAUUACGGACUACAGCGGGGUGACGCAGCUCAAGGAAGAACAUUUAUGAUCAUUUCUUCAUAGAAAUACAAUCAGACCGAGACGCUAAGACAGAAGAACUACCGCGUCUGUAAAAUGAUUAAUAUGGUGAUUAUUACUUCAAGGAAAUGAUAAAGAAAUGAUUUUAACGACAGUAGAAGUUUCUUGGCCCAGCUUAUAGACUACAGAAGUGGAGAAAUGCCCCCACUUAAGUUUAGGUUUUCUUAAGCGUUAGAACAACUCUGAAUAUAGUACUAUGUCUGUGACCCUAUAUGUCCUGUUGAUGAAGUUAGGUGCUGUUCUGAACAUUAUUUGUGGCUAUAGAGUGGCGUUUUGGUUGAGCGUUUGACUCUCUGUAUUACUAUCCUGAGUUUUAAGUUUUGCAGAUAAAAUCCAGCUGGUUGAGUCGGGUUAGAUAUAUUUUGAUAUGUUUUUGUAAAUCAUCUUUAACUGGAUGAAAUGAUCUUGUUUGAGUCUCUCCUUAAUUCUUCCUUCUCUCUCAGACAGAUUUCUUUCAGAUUUCUUCUUCUUGUGAAUAAAAACACUCAGAACUUGUUCCAACUUGUGACUUUCCGACGCCGCUCUGCUUAUUUGGACAAUGUGCAUAUUUGGACAGUGAACUAUUUGCCUUAUUUGUCCCUGGAAAUGUUUGCGUGGACUCUGCCCUCUCCGCGGCUCCUCCCACGUUCCCGCUGACCCCUCAUGUGUGUGUAUGUGCGUGCGUGCGCCGCGCCUCACGCUGCUCCGUCUCUCCGCAGGGCUAUGACAACACAGAGAGCAGCGUUCGCAAGGCCAGCGUGUUCUGUCUGGUGGCCAUCUACUCCGUGAUUGGCGAGGAGCUCAAACCCCACCUGGCACAGCUCACGGGCAGCAAGGUACCGACUGCACCGAGACUUUCCACGCACACACACACACACACACACACACACACACACACUUCUCCAACAGACGCAGAGCCUUAUCAUCUUCCCAUGUUGUUGUAUUUGAACUGGUUCAGACCGGUUCUCCAGUUAUUAAAAGUACAGGGUCAUUUUUGCCCCAUUUCCCCGUCCUUGGAUUAUGUAAGCGUCCACGGCGGAGGAUGACCUCCUCCACCUGCUCAGAAAAAGUCCAGAUUUACAGAGAUCUUCACCAUCACAGUUUUAUGUGCAGAGGUCGUCCAAUCAGGAGUCAGUUCACACUUUAAAACUCGGACAUGUUUAAAACGAGUCUCUCUCCAUCAUCAGCGCUGAUUAAAUCCAUGUUAACGAUGAACGUUUGCUAACUCAGCGAGUCACUCUGUGACUAAAGGAAACUAAAGGACUACUUAGAUGAUAAUAAUAAAGUUUUGUACCUCUUGUCAGAGGUGGGGGAAAGUCCCUAUGUUGCAAGUCCAAGUCGAGUCUCAAGUCUUUGCUUUCAAGUCCAAGUCGAGUCUCAAGUCUUUACUCUCAAGUUCGAGGCAAAUCGAAGUCCUGAACUUUUUGUUUCGAGACCCAACCAAGUCCUAGGAAUUUUGCUUCAAGUCCCAACUUGACUUGACUUUUCAAGUCACAGGGCUCAAGUCAAGUCAAGUCUCAAGUCUUUAGCAAUCAAGUCUACAAGUCAUUUCUUGAUCAUCGAGCAAGUCAAAAAUGGGACUCAAGUCCAAGUCGAGUCUCAAGUCGAGUCGUCAAGCCCCCUCCUCUGCCUCUUGUAUAAUUCGACAUUCUGUGUUGAAGUGAGGGGAAGUGCAUGAUAAACUCCCAUCCAGACAAUUUUCAUUUUACAAAAAAGAGCAACACGAGUUAUUAGUGGAAGUCAAUACAGAGAGACUUCAAACCCAUUAUCUGUUCAAAUUCAGUGAGUUUGUUGAUUUUAGUUUAUUUCAGAUUAUGUUUAAAACUCAAAUGAAAAUUUAACCAUCAACAUCCAGAGCAGGUUAGAAAAAAAAAAGAAAGUUUAUUAUAAUUUAAAAGGCUUUUAAAUCUUUAAAAAGUAAAGAUUCAGAACUAAAGUGAAGGAGCGCUGUGUGACAGUGAGAGGAAGAGGUUUGUGGAACAAUCUGAACAAAGAAACUAGAGAAGAUAAAUCAGAUUUUAUCUUUAAAAAAAGUCAGUAUGUCGAGUAAAAACAGGGAAAUAUCUUCAUCUAAGUCUGUGUCUGUUUGUUUUUAACGACGUGUAAAAAGUCAUUCUUGGAUUCGGUUCGUCGCUGACACGUUUCGUCGUGCUGACACGUUUCGUCGUGCUGACACCAGUCUUCCUCAGAGCGCCACGUGAUGGUUGUGUGACGCGUCUUAAAACAGCUGAUGUUCCCGAAGGCGUGACCUUUCCGUCGGUUUGACAGAUCGGUCACGCUGGAUCAGGGGGGCAAUGGAAAUCCAGAAGCGAGGCCCGAGGACCGUCAACCGGGAUGAGGGGGCGUAUAUGCUAUCUCACACCUGGAGCGCCAUAUUGCAGGGGGCGAGCGGGCGGCUGAAGGCGUGACCGAUCUGUCAAACUGCUCUGAACUGUUGAUGGUCAUAAUUUCAACAUUAAAUGGUUAUUUCACACUUCCUCUCAUCAACACUAACUCAUUCUGUUAUUACAAGGUUAACGUGUUUAAAAAGAAGGUAAACGGAUAUCUAAAGAGACCAGACUCACUGAAAUAAGAAACUUUAUUGGUGUUUAUUGUAAUUGUAAAUGUAAAGUCAUCAUAAUUCUUGUUUCAGUUCUGAUUUUAACAUCUUGUUUAAUUCUCCUGUUUGGACUUUUAUCAUUUUAAUCUGUACGAAUGUUUAUUGUCUUCUUAUGGACCCCAGGAAGAGGAGCUGAUACCUAAAUAGUACCUCAUGGGGAUCCAAUUAAAUCAAUCAGCUCCUCAGUCCACAGUCAUGAGGACUUGGUUCUCGGUGGGUCAGGACUUUGUAACCCCUUCAAUGUUCUUUUUUGGUCUCUGCUUGUUUCCAGAUGAAGUUAUUGAACCUCUACAUCAAACGAGCUCAGACCACCAACAGCAACAGCAGCAGCUCCUCCGACGUCUCCUCCCACAGUUAA